CUUCGGUUUUGGGAAUAUGUUUAAGAAAUAUGUUAAAACUCUAUAUGCAAAUGCAAAUAGCUCUAUCAAACUUCCAUAUGGCACUACUAAAAGAUUUACCAUUGAUCGUGGGAUCCGUCAGGGUUGUCCGAUUUCAGCAUAUCUCUUCCUUCUCCCUAUGCAAUUAUUGUCCAUUUAUUUUAAAAAGAGUAAUGUAAUGGGUCUCUCUAUAGUUGGUAGAACACUGUCAAUUACCCAAUUGGCGGAUGACACAACUCUAUUUUUGAAAGAUAAAUUUCAAAUUGAUGAAGCAAUCAAAGUCAUUAACACCUUUUCAUUGGCCUCAGGUCUGAAAUUGAACAUUUCAAAAUGUGAGCUUUUUCCAAUUAAAAAUUGCACAGAUGCCAUUAUCUCAGGUGUACCUGUCAAGCACAAAGUGAAAUACCUUGGUGUUAUUAUUGAAAAGGACCAAAACUCUAGAUUAUCUGAAAAUUUUGACCCACUUAUUGCUUCAGUUGAACAGAGAUUUAAUCUUUGGCAUCAAAGGGAUUUGUCCAUUGCUGGUAGAUCAUUAGUAGCUAAAGUUGAAGGCCUCUCCAGACUUAUUUAUACAGCUAUGGCUCUUGAUGUUUCGAAAGACCAAUGCAAGAAAAUUGACAAAAUAUUAUUUGAUUUUAUUUGGAAAAAGAAAAUUCAUUAUAUUAGGAAGAAUGUUAUGAUAAAUGCUUUGUGCGCAGGAGGCUUUAAUGCUUUAGACUUCACCUCCCUAAAUUCUUCCUUUAAAAUCAAAUGGAUCAAACUCUUUCUUAAAAUCCCAACUCAUUUUGGAACUUUAUUUCUGCUCAUGUAUUCAACUCAGACGGAGGAUUGGACUUUCUACUUAGAUGUAACUACAAUAUUUCUAAGCUACCGAUCAAACUAUCUAAUUUCCAUAGUCAACUUUUACAAUCCUGGUCGAUGUUGUACUCACACAAUUUCUCUCCCCAUAAAUUUUUUAAAUUUUAUUUGGAACAAUGAAGAUUUAAAAACAAAUCUUUAUUUCUUAGAAGAUGGUUUGAUAAUAAGAUCUUAUUAGUCAGUCAAUUAUUAAAUGACAAUGGUCAAUUAUUUAGAUAUGAAGAUUUUAUUUCAGUCUGCAAUUUUCCUGUUACUCCUAAAGAAUACUCUAUUGUAUUUGAUGCAAUACCAGAUGGUGCUAGGAGGCUUUUGUUAUAUCAUAUUCAAAUAUCAUAUUCAUUGUGUCAAAUCUGCAAACCAUCGUCCAGAUGUUAUCGUUCUUAAAGCUGUACUAUCUUCUUUUCUAGAAACUAUAAAACAUUGUAAAAACACUAAAGCUAUCAAAACUAAAAGAAUAUGUGAUGAAUACAUUAAUGAUUUAUAACCUCGAGCAUUUUCUUUUCUUUUUAGUUUUUUGUUUGAAUUGAUGCCUAUAAUAUUGUUUUGUGACUACCUUUCGUCCUUUGGUUUGUGUUUGUACUGUUAAUAUGUAUCAAUAAAAAAAAAAAAAAAAAAAAACGCUUCGCCGCCAUAUUACUCCAGACUCACGCAGAGAGCCAAACAGAGUAAAUGGAGAACGAGCAUAUGUCCGUUUAUCUAUGUGAUCUGGUUAAAUAUUGCAUCGUUUUUUGUUUUUUUAUUUAACCCAAAAGAGAACAGCUACGGACAUAGAAAGGAGACACAUCCAAUAUGGCGGCUCCGGCACACAAUGAGGCUUCUACGUGUUGAAUGUUUAUGAGGAGGAGGAGGAUUAUGAGGUGGAGAAGUUUCCGGACUGAUAACACACAUAAGAAAGACGACCACUCGGCCUUUGUUUGACCCAGAUCGUCAUCCGGACUCAGGUCUCCCCAGAAGUCAAAGUUCGGUCUUUAAAUCCAGUGAACACGGUUCUCACCCGCUGAAGUUCUGGACCGACAAACACCAACCCUGUUCGACGACCUGCUGAGUCCGGAUCCGUUAACGGAAGUUUAUCAUGUUAAUUUCUUCUCAGGUCCAGGACUCAGGGACCGGAGAAAGUCCGAGGAGGAGACGGAACUGAAGAACCGGUGAGUUCGGGAGCUCAGAGAGAGUCCUGUUUAGUCCGGUUCAGUAUGGCUCAGUCUGGUUCAGGUUCAGUUUAGUUCAGUCUGGUUCAGGUUCAGAUUAGUUCAGUCUGGUUCCGGUUCAGUUUGGUUCAGUCUGGUUCCGUUUCAGUUCGGUUCAGUCUGGUUUGGCCCGGUUUUGUCGAUCUGGUUCAGUUUGGUUCAGUCUGGUUAUGGUUCAGUUCGGUUCAGUCUGCUCUGGCCCGGUUUAGCUCAGCUCAGUUUUGAUGAUGUUCUGUAUCUUCUCUUGGAACCCCUUUCUCAGAGAAGAACCUGGGUCAUCUUUACUGGACCAUGUUUGCUGACAGGAAGUGGUCAUUUGACCCUCUCUCAGAACCAGAAUCAGGAUCAGAAUACCUUCUAUUGUCAUUAUACUGAAGUACAAUUCUCCAUUCCAUUCUCCAGCUUCUCCAUUUCUAGUUCAAUAGAGAAACAAAAUUAAUGGUUCAAUGAAUAUUAAAACUAAUUUAUAAACACUACAGGCCAAAAGUUUGGAAGCAAGAUCAAAUUUGUACAAAAAAGAUCACAAUACUUUGCAAAAAAAACAUAAUAAUUAUCUAAAGAAAAACUUAUCAGAGAACAUUUUUACUAUAAUUAUCUUGUAUUUGAACUUUUCUUGCUUAGACUUUGCUUUCCUCAAAGUAACCUCCUCUGGCUGUGACAACAGCAUGGCAUACGAGGCAUUCGUUCAACAAGUUUUUUAAGGUACGUAACAGGAACUGCAUUCCAAGCUUUCUUAAGUUCAUCAAUAAGAGACUGCUGAUUUGUGGGAUGCCCUUUUCUAAUUGAUCGAUCCAAUUCAUCCCACACAAGCUCAAUUGGAGAGAGGUCUGGAGACUGACGGGGCCAACCCAUUUUUUGAAGAACACCUUCCUCUUCUUUUUCUGUCUAGGUAACCCUGACAGAGCUUGGAAGAAUGCUUAGGAUCAUUAUCUUGUUGCAAAACAAACUUGUGACCUACAAGUCUUAGUCCAGAUGGAACUGCAUGAUGCUGGAGGAUGGAGUGGUUCUGUUCCUUCUUCAUUACUCCCUUUUACUCCCCUUUAACUCCCUUUACUUCAAACAAAUCUCCUACUCUAUCACCUGGGGCCUUAUUUAUCAAUUGUGCGUAGAAAAGGUUCUAUAUUCUUGCGCAGGAUUGAAAUUUCGAAUGUGCAUAAGUACAAAAAAAAUCCAUAUUUAUCAAACGUGCGGACACCGGUCGUACGCACACACGUAAGUAAUCGGUGAUGAUAAAUCCCACCUGUUCUUUACUACCGUGCUCGUGCAUGGUUAGAGUCAUUUGCAUUCAGGAACGCCUCCAAUUGACCAUAUAUGGCAUCAACAAUCCCUUUUAAAAAUGCGUGUAUGAAUGUUUUUCCUCCUCCUGGAGGUGCACACUCACAGCGCUGUUCUGCAGAAUGAAUGAGUCGUGCCUUCCUCCAGGCCACCGGGCAACAACGUUUAACAGAAUCAAAUGUGCAUCGCAGAUUAUUUGUGCAUUGAUUGAAUGAAAUCUUUUCCUGUUGACGAAUCUGAAUUUAUCGUGUGAAGGUGCUUUUAUUGCGAUGUGGGUGCAAUCUAUGGCUCCAAUUGUGUUUGGGAAUCCGGCGAUGGCGUGAAAUCCUCGUUUUAUUUCGGCUUGUUGCUGAUGUGUGUUUGGGAACUGGAUGUAAAUUGAGGCCAGAGAAAUUAUUACAUCCAACUCUGCCGGCAUGAUUCUGUUUAGCGUUGGCUGCGAAAUAUCGUAUAUGUCUCAAAUCUCAUGCUGAAAUGUUCGGGUUAGGGUGGACAGGAGCUGGAUGUGCGCUGGGAUGGCUUUGGUGCGUUUUGUUUCUCGCUCCGACAUGGGAAGUAAAUCACGGCGUAAAUCCAUUAAAAUGUUUUCGGGGAAGCGGUACCUGCUGAGAAUCCACUCUGAGUUCUCACUGAACAGAUCAGCACGCUCUUUGAAAACGCGCUCCCUGCGGAGGAGCAGACGCUUCUCUAAGUCCUCCAAUAGCGCAAAAUAAACCGUGAUACUUGUAUUUGUACGUGUAAGACUUCUUUUGAGGUUGUCCUGUCACAGCAGAUUUUUAUAGCUUGUCUCACCAAUUAUUCAAAAUGUCUGCUAAAUUACUAAUUGACAAAUUUUGUAUAGAGGCAACGGGAACAUGUGUGAAGUUUGAGAUUGCAGAACGCUGUGACUCCUUUAAUGGGUUCAAUUUGUAGUUUUACUGUCCUACCACUAGGUUUUGUGUGUACGCAUGGUCAGAGUUGUGCUUAAAUUUACGCACGUUCCUAAGCACAAGUACAGGUUGAUAAAUUCCAGACUUUGCGCAGCAAUGUUCGUACGCACUCUUUAAGCACACAUCUGUGCGUACGCACGGUUGAUAAAUGAGGCCCCUGGUGAUAAAACAUCCCCAUACCAUGGCACUACCACCUCCUUGCUUUAUUGUGGGUGUCACACAUGGUGCUUUGAGAUGUUCACCAGUUUUUCUGCGGACAUAGACUCUGCGUUUGGAACCAAAUAGUUCAAACUUGCUUUCGUCUGUCCAGAGGACUGUUUCCAGUCAUCAUAGGUCCAAUUUUUGUGAGCUUUUGCCCACUCAUAUCUUUUUUUCUUGUUCUGUGGAUGAAGAAGUGGGUUUUUUGCAGAUACACAACCCUUCAGACCAGCCUUUCUCAAACAUCUUUUCACAGUUGUCAGAGAUAUGGGUUUUGACCUUGUCAUGUUGAUUUCCUUCUUUAUUUGUGGUGCUGUUUUUCGCCGAUCUCUCUUACUGAUGACAAUAAUAUGUUUAUCCUCUGCUUUUGUAGUGACCCUCUUUCUUUCAGGUUUUUUACUAUCAUCAUAACUUCCAGUUUCUUCAAGUCUCUUCAGAGUGUAGUGAAAACCUUUUGUUGGACACCUUUAGGCAUUUUGCAAUUUCUCUUUCAGUGUAUCCCUCUUUUCUAAAUGUACAGAUCUGUACUCUUGUUUCUUUACUCAGUUGCUUCUUUCUAGCCAUUUCUGCGAUAGUUUGUCAGAGUUUUGAACACGGGUGAGACUUAUUGGGAUUUUUGUAUGCAGACACUCAAAAGCCAAUAAGUAUAAGUGAAUAAUGCAAAGUGAAUUUGUGAUCUUGCUAAUCUUCUUGAACCUAAAACUAAGCCCUCCCUUUCUUUUGCUGACAUUUAUUCAGCAAUGGUCUGGUAACAUCAAUGUAUACCUAAAGGUAAAUUGAGGAAAAUGGUGCAUAUCAAUGAAAGCAAAGUCUAGUCAUGCAAUAAAUACAUCCCAAAAUACAUUUAACUUAUCCUUUUUUUUAUGAAAGGCAUUGUGAACAGAAACUUGAAGUAGUUUCCAAAUGUUUGGCCUGUUUUGGUCUUGCUUCCAGACUUUUGGCCUGUAGUGUGUAAGAUGCUGGCAGGAAAAGCAUACAUGGAACGGCAUAACCAAGUAGCCAGUAUAGUGUACAAGAACAUCUGUGCAGAAUCUGGACUGGAAACCCCGAGGUCAAAAUGGGAAGAACCUCCUAAGGUGAAGGAGAAUGACCAAGCCAAGAUACAGUGGGACUUCCAGAUACAUACCGACAAAAUGGUAAUGGCCAACUAACCGGACAUUGUAAUUGUAGACAAACAGCAGAGGAAAGCUGUUGUGGUAGAUGUCGCCAUCUCAAGCAAUGCCAACAUCAGAAAGAAGGAACACGAGAAACUAAAGAAGUACCAAGGGCUCAAAGAGGAGAUAGAGAAAGCCUGGAAGGUGAAGGCAACAGUGGUGCCUGUGGUCAUUGUAUACUGCGCAGGACCCUCAAGGGACACCUACUGGAAUAUUUUUUAAAGUAAACUAAAGACCGACCUUUUUAGUCUGGAUUUUAGUUAAAUUUUGUUUUAGUCCUACAGUAACUAUUUUGUGUUUUAUUCCCUCUUUUCUAAUUUACUUUCUGUUAUUGUUUGAUUUUAAGACUGUUUUAUUUAUUGAACUUUUAACACUUUAUCACCUUUUAUUAUAUUUUAUCAUGGUUUUAUUCUUUUAGUCCUAGAUCCAGUGUUUCCUCAGUCAUCUGUGGAAAGUUAGAGUCCUCACCAGGGGCCUCAUUUAUAAAACCUGGCGUAGGAGCCAUACUAAAAGUGUACUUAAGUCGAAAAGCUGAAAAGUGCGUAGGCCAAAAAAAAAUCUGAUUUAUAAAACCCUGCCUACGCACACCUGCACGCACUUUCCCUUUAUAAAUCACAGACCAGCCGGAAAGUUGCGCAGCAGGGAUUUGAUUCAUGUCCCGCCCUCUCCACACCCAAAAUUCACCAUGUAUGGUCAUGCAAAUUACCUCAUGAAUGUGAUUUGCAUAUAAAUAAGCCUGAUGGAUCCACGGCAUUUCACGCUUAAUCAUGGCAUCAACAAGUCGUAGAAAAAGAAACUUCUCAGAGACCGAGGUGGAGGUUCUUGUAAAUGAGGUGGCAGCGAGACAGGACACCUCGGCGGCCAUUCGAGUGGCAUCACCAAUAAAAGAAAAGCCACCGAAUGGCAUGCCGUUGCCGUGGCGGUAAGUGCGGCUGGCACUGAGCGCAGCGUUGCCGAAAUCAAGAAGAAGUGGUCUGAUCUAAAGGUGGAGGCAAAGAAAAAAGUGGCUUUGCACCGCGUGCCGGCGACAGGUGAGGAUCAGAAAACACAAGCACGUGUGACUCUCAUGCAUGUGUUCCAAAAAAAACUGCUCCGUUAUCCACCGCUGCUUAUGUGGUGAAAGUUCGUAAACCAAAAAGAUUUAGUCAUAUUAAUCUUAAAACAAAUGCAUGUAAAUGGAAUUUGUUUUUUUGCACAUUUGUAAAUUCAAAUUGGCAAACUUUCUACACCGCCACAGUGGGGUCUGUGCUUUCUGCGAGCAUCACUGCCUCCAGGACAUCUACACCCAGUGGUGCAGGUCCAGGGCAAGAUGGAUUAUCAAACACUCUCCAUCCCAACCACAGACUGUUUGAGCGGCUGCCCUCGGGUAAGAGGCUUCGCUCCAUCAGAGCCAGGACUGAGAGGCUGAAAAGGAGCUUCUUCCCCCAGGCCACACGGAUCCUGAACUCCUCAUAACACACGCCCCAUAACUGACUUCACAACACCCUCUGAACAGACUUUACAUUAUUAUUAUUCUGUUUUUUUGGCACAAUCGCAGACGUCACUUUCAUUUCACUGCCACUGUACCUGUACAUUUAGACAUGUGACAAAUUAAACUUGAAACUUGUGCUGCAUUGCGCACGACUGUCACUGUAUGGCUAUUUAUACGCGCGCUUUCCAUUAACCAAUUGUUCUCACCUUGCUCCAAUUGUCUCCAAAAAGUGCGAAAGCAAGGUGUGGAGUUUGCUUAAAGUUGCGCACAUUCCUACACUAGUUUUUUUUUUAUAAAUCCCAACUCUUGCGUAAGAAGUGGCGUAAGCACUUUCAAGCCAGGUUUUGUACAUGAGCAAGCUUUAUAAAUUAGGCCCCUGGUCUUUAGCAUGUGUAUCUGUGUGUGAGUGUGUGUGAGUGUUGAAUGGGUGGGCAAGGUUUAUUUUAUUUUAUUGUUUUUUUUUAUAUCCUGUACAGAUGGACAGCACUCUAUGCUACAUUCUCUGUAUGAAAAGUGCUUUAAAAAUAAAGUAUAUAGAUAGAUAGAUAGAUAGAUAGAUAGAUAGAUAGCAUGGAGCCCAGCAGAGUCCAGGACCUCCUGUGGGGGACUUGAGCAGACCUCAUCCAGAGACCUAAGACCGGUCUUCAGGGUCCAUGAAGAAACCUUUUGAGGAGCAGUUUCUCUGAUCUUUGUUCCUCCUUCUGUCUCUGUUCUCCAGGUUUUCACUCCAGUCUUCAGGAUGGACAAUCCAGACGUUGAUGGAAACCCUGUCAGCCAUAAGGUAGUCCAAACUGUGGUUCAGGGCCCCUUAGAGGGUCAGGUCUCUCCUCCACAAUGGUUCAUCCUCCAGAUUAGAACUUUUCUUCACACCAAGUCUUCAUUCAUUAAAUAACCCCCCCCCCCCCCCCCCCCAGUGCUCCAGCUGUGACUCCGCCCCCUCCUGUUGGUGUGUCCACUGUAAUGAAGCACUCUGUUCCACCUGUUUGUCGGCUCACCGCAGAGUCACCCUCACCAAAUCUCACCUGAUCCUCAGUCAGCCUCCUGCAGGUCAGACACACACACACACACACACACACACACACACACACACACACACACACACACACACCGGGUCUCUCCAGCUUCCAGCACUAAUCAAGUCUCUUUUCUCUGUAACCAGGAGCCGGUUCGGCCCCACCCACUAGGUACUGCAGACUUCACCCCUCUGAGCCCCUCAAACUCUUCUGCUUCACCUGUAAGAAGACCACCUGCAGGGACUGUCAGUUGAUCUCUCACAUGAACCACAAGUAGGUUUGGCUCCACCCACCACGGCCCUUCAGCCUCUCACAGUCCUCCUCAGGACUCAGAACCUCAGGCUCACCUGGACCUGAGUAACCUGUGUGUGUGUGUGGUUGUAGUCUACACAAUCUCUUGACACACACACACACACACAGGGAUCCUGAGGGCCUGUUUUCAAUGAGCAGCAGGGGGCAAAAUUUCACGUCACCAUGGUAAUGCUGUGUCUGCAGUGUGUAAUGAUGGCGGUCGGUUGUUCGGUCUGCCCCCCCACAGGUAUCUGUUCAUCAGUGAAGCCAUCAUUGGUCUGAAGAGAAAACUAGACCGCCUGAUUCAGCCAAUCACAGAGUGGGAGGAGCAGAUGAAGAAGAACCUGCAGGACAUGGAGACCAGGUAAAGGGGGGGGGGGGGUUAGUCCAUCUUGCUCGUAAAUAAAGUUUAUAGUCCUGACAGACUCCAACCCCCCACACCCAGGGUGUCGUAAUCUCAAACCUUGUGUGUUUCAGGCUGAAGGACGUGUCUGAGAGAGAAGCUCUGCUGAAGGUCCGGUUGGAGGACUCUUACCAGGUUCUGACUCAGCACAUGAGGAAUCGGAUGGAGCAGCUCCUGAAGGAGGCCAAGGUAAAACCCAGAGGAGGUCUCUGUGUCUUUCUGGGACCCUGAUUCUUCCAACAGUGGAGUAGAUAAGUGACAGAACCAUUCAGUUGGUGAGACAAGCAUGAAAAUUGGAAAUGGAAAUGGACCCAGCCAUUGUAAAUUCAAGACGGUGGUCAUUUUUAAGAUGGCCUCAUUAAGGCAGUUAAAUGAUGCAAAGUUGGUGAUAUAAACAUGAAAAAUUGGUAACACCAUUGUCCAUGAGGAACAUUAUAAGAAAUUGCCCCUAGCUGCUUGAAAUUUCAGAUGGUGAACAUUUUUAAGAUUUCUUUCCAUGAAUAUGAGUGGGGACAGGAAAUGAAAAAAAAACCCUGAAAUGCCAAGUCCAUCUGACUGGGUAUGGGUAAAAGAAGACGAGGAAUGGAGAAUCUUUUGGACUCUUCCUCUUGUUGCAGAGAGUUGUUGAGAGUUGACCAAAUGUGGGUGAACCAAUGAAUGUACUGGAUGAUGUAAGUGCUUCAAAUAUGGACUCAAGUGCACAUGUCUAUGUAGUUGCCCCUGUUAUAAGCUAUGUGUGUAUUCUUUGUGCAAGGACUACUUCCCCUUGUCAGACAGAAAAAGGUUACAAAAAAGGUACAAAAAACAAAAAAGUUUUUAAAGAGAGAGAAAAAAAAUCCCCCUCGUGACUACUUCCUUGUUGUGUUAAGGGAGCUUACAGUCAUGGCCGAAAAUAUUGGCACCCCUGCAUUUCUGUCAGAUAAUGCACCACUUCUCCCAUAAAAUUGUUGAAAUAUAAAAUACUUCGGUAUUCACAUGUUUAUUUCUUUUGUUUGCAUUGAAACAACAAAAAGGAAGCUGAGAAAAAUUCAAAUCUGAUAUUAUUUUAAAGAGAACUCCAAAAAUGGACUGGACAAAAUUAUUGGCACCCCUUUAAAAUUGUAAGGAAUAUUUGUAUUCUAAGCAUGUGAGGCUCCUUUUAAUUUGUAAUUAAACUCACCUGUAGCAAGUAACAGGUGCUGGCAAUAUAGAAAUCACACGUGCAGCCAGUUAAAAGAGAAAAGUUGACUCAACCUUUGUGUUGUGUCUACCACACUGAGCAUGGAGAAAAGAAAGAAGAGCAAAGAACUCUCAGAAGAUUUGAGAACCAAGAUUGUGGAAAAGCAUGGACAAUCUCAAAGCGACAAGUCCAUCUCCAGAGAUCUGAAUGUUCCUGUGUCCACCGUGCGCAAUGUCAUCAAGAAAUUUAAAGUGCAUGGCACUGUAGCUAACCUCCCUGGAAGUGGAAGGAAGAGAAAAAUUGAUGAAAGAAUGCAACGAAGGAUUGUUCAAAUUGUGGAUAAAGAACCUCGAUCCACUCCUAAACAAAUUUAAGCUGACCUGCAGACACAGGGUACAACAGUGUCAGCUUGCACUGUCCAUCGCCUCGUCAAUGAAAAGGGACGCCAUGGUAGGAGACCCAGGAGGGCCCUGCUGCUGACACAGAGACAUAAAAAAGCCAGACUGGAGUUUGCAAAAACUUACCUGAGGAAGCCACAAUCGUUCUGGGAGAACGUCCUGUGGACAGAUGAGACUAAAGUGGAGCUUUUUAGUAAAGCACAUCGUCACACGGUUUACAGAAAACGAAAUGAGGCCUUCAAAGAAAUGAACACCAUCCUGACAAUCUAACAUGGUGGUGGUUCACUGAUGUUUUGGGGUUGCUUUGCUGCUUCUGGUACUGGAUGCCUUGACUGUGUUGAUGGCAUAAUGAAAUCUGAAGACUACCAAAGAAUUUUGGGGCAUAAUGUAGGGCCCAGUGUCAGAAAGCUGGGUCUCCUUCAGAUGUCAUGGGUGUUCCAGCAGGACAACGACCCAAAGCAUACUUCAAAAAGCACACAAAAAUGGCUUAAGAUAAAGCGCUGGAGAGUUCUCAAGUGGCCUUCAAUGAGUCCAGAUCUAAACCCUAUAGAACACCUGUGGAGAGAUCUAAAAACAGCAGUUGGGAGAAGGCAGCCUUCAAAUCUGAGAGACCUGAAGCAGUUUGCAAAAGAAGAGUGGUCCAAAAUUCCAGUAGAAAGGUGUAAGAAACUCAUUGAUGGUUACAGGAAGAGAUUGACUUCAGUUAUUUGUUCCAAAGGAUGUGCUACCAAAUAUUAAGUUAAGGGUGCCAAUAAUUUUGUCCUAUCCACUUUUGGAGUUCUGUUUAAAAUAAUAUCAGAUUUGACUUUUUCUCUGCUUUUUUGUUGUUGCUUCAAUGCAAACAAAAGAAAUAAACAUGUGAAUACCAAAGCAUUUGUAAUUUUAACAAUUUUUCUGGGAAAAGUGGUACAUUAUCUGACAGAAAUGCAGGGGUGCCAAUAUUUUUGGCCAUGACUGUACAUACUUCCAUGAACCCUGAGAGCUUUGUCAUUGGGAGGAAACUCCUGGCAGGCUUUACAAAAUUGGACAGUUUGAGGGCAAGGAGUUAAACAUUUUCUCCUGAAGUGACUUAUGAAUGCUUUUUUUAUUUCGGUUUAAAAACAAAAAAUAAAAUCAUAUUUUUACAAAAGAACCCAUCAUACAGCAACCGAAAAAGGAAUAGGCUGAAGCCCCAAGGCUUAUUUUUGCCUAUCCUGUACCAUCAUAGGAAUAAUUCACAAUAAAACAUCAGUACUAGUAUAUCAUUACAAAACACAUAAUAGCCUUAACUGAAAAAUCGAAUUAAAUCAAAUUUCAUUGUUACCUUUGAUCAUUUUAGAGUCUUCUUGAAAACUAACAUAGAAUUACACAUCUUUAUUUCAUUGUUUAGUCCAUUCCAUAAUUUUGCAUCCAAAACUGACACACAUCUGUACUUGGGAUUAGUUCUGACUUUGUAAGUUUCAAACAUUAGCGGCCCCCUUAAGUUAGAAAUCCCCUGCCUUAGCUUAAACGUUUUUGGAAUACAAACAGGAAUGGUCUUAUUUACCACUCGAAACAUAAUUUCCAAUCUUUUUAAAUAUACUUAUGGAGAAUGUUUUCAUGUUUGUAUCAUCAAUUGUACAUGAUAUCACUGCUGUGAGGAGAUGGUGGCUAGAUGAGGUCUCUGUGUCCUUCUGUGACCCUGAUUCUUCUAACAGCUGAUGGAGGAAGAUGAAGAGUAGGACUAUCUGAUCCAGAGACAAAGACCAUAAUCACUGUGUGUGUGUGUGCGUGCUUGCGUGUGUAUGAACAGGAAGUGGAUCUCGCUGAGUCCAGGUUCCUCAGGGAGAAGAUGGAGAGGCUGAAGCAGGUCCAGCAGAUCCAGAGCCUCAUGACUAAAAAAGCAGAAACAGCCAAAGAGUCCAACCAGGUCCUGGAUCUUCUGACCACCAUCCACUACGUGAGUCUCUCUGCUCCACCUCCUGAAGAUCUCUGAGACCCCCAGACCCUCAGUCCCAGACCCUCAGACUCGGACUGUUUCCUCUUUGCAGGUCCAGACCCAGAUGAAGACCUUCUCUGAGGAGAGCGUGUCUCCUCCUCAGACCAUGUCCCAGGUCAAAGUGGUCUCUGAAAGACCGGUCCUGGAGGCCCUCCUGAACUUUGGUAGGUGGACUCUGUUAGACCCUGUAGGGGGGUAUGGUUCUGAACCCAAACAGGUUCUGGAAGGUCCUCCCUGUGGGAUUUAGAAAGGAAGAUCUGAUCCUUACUGGAAGAGGAGAGGCAGGAGGAGAGAGACGACGAGGAGGAGAGGGGAGGAGGAGAGAGGAGGAGCAGGAGGAGUCAGAGGAGGAGAGGAGGAAAGAAGAAGAGGAGGAGGAGCAAGGAGGAGGAGAGAGAGGAGGAGAGAGGAAAGACAGGAGGAGAGAUUAGGAGCAGGAGGAGGAGAGAGAGAGGAGAGGAGGAGGAGAGAGGAGAAAGAGGAGGAGGGGAGAGAGAGAGAUGAGAGAGAGGAGGAGGAGGAGAGAGGAGGAGAGCAGUUGUAAAUGGAGAGUGUUAACAAUCAGGUGGAGGAGGUCAUUGUUCUUCAGUCUAAAGUUUGUUCAGUUCAAUCUGCUUAAAUCAGAAUUUAUCAUAGAUUUCCUCAGAAUAAUAUUCAAUAAUAAUCUGAAACUAAGACGUUUAUGAAGGAGAACAACCAAAUAUGGAAAAAGAGAGAAAGAAUUUGAAUUAUUGAAGGAUAGUCCCUUGAGAUGUUGCUUCUCAUUUCAAGAUGGUCCCUAAACAAACACAAACAUAGAACUGAGGACACAUGACCAUACAUGAACAUGCAUGAACAUACAUGAACAAACAUAAACAUAUAAGAAAUACAGACAAUCUACUCCCACACACAACCCCAACCAACAUAUGCCUAAGACAGACAAAACUUAUGAACAAGGAUGAAUAAUGUGAACAUAAAUACAAAGAAAAUAUAUCAGAAACAUGAGUUUUGAGAUGAGAGUAUAGUGACAUUCUAAAGUGAUAAAAGAAAUAAUAGAACAUAAAUAAAGAGGUUAUUCCAAUCUGAUGGGGCUUUAUAUUGAAACGAUAUUUUACCAACUUCUUUUAAUAUUGUAGAAAUAUAGAAAAAUGGGAAGUUCAUGUGUCUAAGAGAGUUUGGGGAGCUAUAUGGGAUCAAGAUUCAAGUUCUUUUUUCCUUUUUUUUUUUACAACUUUAUCAUUUUUCCAUACUGAGAACAUUGACAUUAGCUAAACAUUUCUUACAAAAGUUGUGAACCCGCCCCACCCCAUCCAGGUGGCUUCACCCCAAACACAUCCACAAAGACACUCACGUAUCAAACAUGCAAACAGAGCACCAAAAGAAGAAAACAAAUAUACACAAAUACAAAAAACAGACAGACAGAAAAGACUCAAACCAAUCUACAUUGAUCGUUAUGAUCAUAACACCAACAUUCUGGACCUCUGUCAUAAGACAAAGACAAAAUUCCCAACAGUGAGAAUAUAGGCAUAGAGAAGGCUAGGACAACAGUCAAAGAGAAUGAAAGAAAAAUAAAUACAUUAAUGAACAAAAACAAGGAGUCAGGCAAAACGCAGUCUCUUGAUAUGAGUUAUGAACUGUGACCAGGUUCUGUCAUAUUUGUCCUCUAACCCGUGUACUGUAUACCUAAUUUUUUCCAGAGCCAAUCCCAUCAUCAUCUCUCUAAUCCAAUGAACAUAGGCAGGAGGGCGCUUCCCUUUCCAGUUCAAUAGUAUCAGACGACGGGCAUACAAGAUGCAAAGGCAAUUGCAUUUUUGUGGAGGCAGGACAACUCUAGCUUGUCAUUAACCACACCGAAGAUAGCUAUCAAAGGGUCAGGCUGCAGUGUUUUGCCAGGUAUUGCUGAGAGUGAUUGGAAGACUGAGGACCAGAAGCCAUGCAACGAUGGACACGACCAAAACAUGUGUCCCAAGGAAAUAGGAGAAUGUUGACAUCUAGGACAGUUUGGCGCAACAUUAGGGUAUAAUUUAGACAGUCUGUCAUUAGAAUAAUGCAACCUGUGGACAACCUUAAACUGAAUCAAGCCAUGUCUGAUACAGAAAGAAGAUGUGUGUAUACGCUGUAUGGCAUUCUUCCAGGUGUCUUCUGGUAUUAUUUCUCCAACCUCUCCUUCCCAUGCUGCCUUGAUUUUGUCCCAUGUAUGAGGGCAGCUAUCCAGAAUUAAUGCAUAUAUUUUUGAUACUGCUCUUUUAUUGAGUGGGUUUACAUUAAGGAUUGAAUACAGUAAGUCUUUAGAGGGUGGAGAUGGAUAACCUGGGAAAAAUUUAGAGGCAAAACUCCGAAGCUGAAGAUAUCUGAAGUAAUGAGACUUUGGUAAAUUAUGAUCUUCACAUAGAAAUUUAAAUGAUGCAAAGCCAUCAUCGGUGAAGAGAUCUUGAAAGUAGACCAAUCCACUUCUGUGCCAAACUGCAAAUGCCUGAUCUAUUUGAGAUGGUGCAAAAAGAUGAUUUAACAUUAUUGGUGAGAAGCUACAUAUAUUUGUCAAAUUAAAAUGUUUCCUGAACUGACGCCAUAUCUUAAUUGAAUUUUGUACCACCAAAUUUGAGCUCAAUUCAGAUGCUUUGAUAUUUAGUGGGAGAGGGGCAGUUAGGAUUGAAAUCUGGGAAAUUGGGAGUGUAGCCCUCAGUUCCAUAUCAGCACAAACCGGACCCUCCUUAUCUGCGAACAUGGUGAUCCAGUAUGUCAGCUUGACAAUAUUAACUGCCCAAUAGUAAAAUAAAAAAUUAGGUAAACCAAAACCACCAUCAGAUUUAACUCUCUCCAGGCUUGCCUUCUUUAUACGUGCAGGUUUUUUAUUCCAUAUGAAUGAAGAGAUAGAGCAGUCCAGCUGAGCAAAAUAGGAUUUUGGGAGAAAAAUGGGAAUCAUUUGGAAUAAAUAAAGAAACCUGGGCAUCACAGUCAUCUUCACUGCAUUUAUCCGUCCUGCCAGUGAGAGUGGAAGUUUCGACCACCUAUCCAAAUGAGUUUUGGUACGGUCCAAAAUCCACCUGUAGUUAUACUGAAAAAUAGCUUUAAUUGAACCUGCAAUUUCUAUUCCCAGAUAAGUAAAUUUGUCAUUUUCAAUCUUAAAAGGCAAGUUUUCAUAAGUGAUCUGUUUUGCCAGAUUAUUCAAAGGAAAUAAUAAAGAUUUUGACAAAUUAAUGUUAUACCCUGAUAUGUUACUGAAUUUUUGGAGCCAGUCGAGAAGGUAGGGCAUGCUCUCAAUUGGGUCUGAUAUUUGCAAAAGCAGAUCAUCAGCAUAAAGCAAAAUUUUAUAGUUUGUUUCACCCCUGGAUAUACUCUUAAUCCUGUCAUCUGAUCUAAUAGCAAUUGCCAGUGGUUCGAUAGCAAUGUCAAACAGGAAGGGCGACAGACAGCAACCCUGUCUUGUACCUCUGUGGAGCGAAAAAUAUUCCGAGACCAGGCCAUUUGUCCUGACUGCAGCAAUAGGUGUUGAAUAUAGGAUUUUGAUCCACUUACAAAAGGUGGGCCCCACUCCAAAUUUUUCUAAAGCUGUGAAAAGAUAGGUCCAUUCGAUUCUAUCAAACGCCUUUUCAGCGUCAAGGCUUAGAAUAACUUCAGGUUGUACUGUUGAAUGGGGGGAAAAUAACACAUUAAAUAAUCUUCUCAUAUUAAAAAAUGAUUGCCGUCUAGGAAUGAAGGCUGUUUGGUCCUCAUUAAUAAUGGUAGGAAUAACAGGGUCUAAUCGUUGUGCAAGGGUUUUAUUUUAUAGUCACAGCACAGAAGACUUAUUGGCCUGUAUGAGCUGCACUGUACAGGGUCCUUAUCUUUUUUAAGUAAAACUGAAAUUGUGGCCUGGGUAAGCUUUUGCGGCAAUUUUCCAUUGGCCAAACAUUCAUCAUAGACUGAUUUAAGGAUAGGUACAAGUUUUGAAGAGAAUUCCUUGUAAAACUCUAUGGGGAAUCCGUCCGGGCCUGGUGCUCUUCCUGUUUGAGAUGACCUGAUGGCAUUUGCUAUUUCUUCAAGCGACAAUGGCUGCUCUAGAAGUGACUGAGCAUCUGGAGAAAGCCUUGGGAUAUCCAGCGAAUCCAGAAAUGAGUAAAUCUCAGAUGAGCUACUAUCUAACUCCGAUUGAUAUAGAGUAGAAUAAUAUUGUUUAAACUGGUCAUUAAUGACUCGGGAGCUGCGAGAUAUGGAGUCAGCGCCUGUAUCAAUUCCUGGGAUUGUUUGUUCAGCUGACUGCUGUUUAAGUUGAAGUGCAAGGAGCCUCCCUGCUUUAUCUCCAUGUUCAUAAUAUACCUGUCUGGAUUUAAAAAUAUUUUUUUCAGCUUUCCAUGUCAUAAGUGUAUUAAAUUCAGUUUGCAACAGUAAUUUCUCCUUAAAGAGAUCUGGCAUAGGCAAAAGAGCAUAACGCCUGUCAAUAUCUGCAAUUUUGUCAGCAAGCUCUUUAAAUUGUUUGGAACGCUCCUUAUCACUAUGUGCCACAUAAGAGAUAACUUGACCCCUAAUGUAGGCUUUCAUAGACUCCCACAAAACUCCCCUUGAAACAUCCUGAGUGUCAUUCAUUUCCAGGGUUGCUGGGGGUCUAGCCGCCAAGUUCAUUGGGGCGCUACAUUAGCUGGAAAAACUAGAUCCAUCUGCACUGGGCUGUGAUCUGAUAGCACUAUACUGUGAUAUUUGCUGCUGGAAAUUAAGGGAAGUAGCUGGUUAUCAACAAUAAAAUAAUCAAUCCUGGAGUAACUAUGGUGAGCGGGGAGAAGAAGGAGAAUUGCUUCGUAGUUGGAUUUUUUGUCCGCCAUGGGUCUGAUAGGCCAUAAGAGCGAAGGAGGGAAUUAAUAGUCACUGCAGCUGACGAGAGUGUGUUGUUUGACCUUUACUUGACCUGUCUAGCUGGGCAUGGAGGACGCAAUUGAAGUCUCCACCUAGAAUUAGUUUGUAGGAAUUAAGAUCCGGAAGAGUUGAAAAAAAAUUAAGAAAGAAUUGUGCAUUGUCCCAAUUUGGUCCAUAAAUGUUAGACACUAUUAACGGUGUAUUAAAUAUCUUGCCCACUACAACAAUAUAUCUGCCAUUAGCAUCUGAUAUUACUUCAGAGUGUUCAAAUGGAAUCCCCUUCCUAAUUAGGAUUGCUGUUCCCCUGGCUUUAUAGUUAAAACGUGAGUGAUAUAUUUGUCCAAUCCACUUGCAGCUUGUAGUCUUUUUUGGGAAUUAAUAUUUUAAAUGUGUCUCCUGAAACAAUAUUACAUCAGGUUUUAGUGAUUUCAAAUGACUAAAUAUUUUGCUCCAUUUAACCAAAUUGUUCAGCCCUUUGACGUUCCAGCUAAUGACCGAAAUUGCUCCUUGUUGAAAUCUACAUUAUUCAGAAUCAUAGUGCAACUGUUUGUAAUGAACCGGUCCUGCAUGUUGGUUAUAUCUGAGUACUUCAGUGCAUGUUUGAGUCAAACCAUAAGCAACAAAUAAACCCAAAAGAAAACUGACAAAAACAAACAGAUUGACAUAGAUAAACCCCUUACCAUCCUGGACUUCUGGGCUGGUCUUCCUUAAACCUGAGACUGCCCUGAAAACUCUCCUUUCUCUCCUAGGCAUAUAACACGUCAACACUAACUUGAACUCUUACACGAACUCUAAUAAGGCAGAACAAAAUGUAAUAGGGCUUUCCUCCCACUACUAUUAUUGCUGCAUGUGUGCUGGCACUUAUUUGGUCACAGGCUGAUAAGGUUCUUAGCACUUACAGUUGGAAGAUAUCCCCACAAGAAAAGAGUAAAAUCAACUAGAAUUAGUGAUAAAGGUGGUGACAAGGGGGUUAAUUAAACAAAAAACAUUAGAAAAUAAAGAAAAGGUACCUUUAGGGUUAUAAUGUUAAAUUUAGACUUAACAUUAGACACUUACACUAACGUGGCAGGGAAAAAGGAAAACAAAGAAGAAUAUUGACAUUUUUAAGUAAGAUAUUCUCCAGGCCACGCGGUGUCUACAUAAACCCUUCACAUACUGUAGUAAACUGUGCAUAAUUGUUCAUCAUGGAUCCUCAGUCCAAAUCCCCCCCCCCCCCCCUCGUUUAUAUUCCUCAGAUGGCUGAAAAAUGUCACUUAGACUUGUCCAUAGUCCAAACAUAAAAUGCAUCCAACUGCAGUGCCCUGAUAUUUACCAAUCAAAAUAUAAGUCAGCACAUGCAGACUACUGCAAUGUUAACACGCAGAGUAUGAUACCUAUUAUGGCCCCGUGAAUUAACUGUCACUCUCCCUCCGUCUCCCGUGGGCACAGAUUGGUCUCGAUGUAGUGCUUUGCCUUGGUUGGGUCAUCGUAAGACACCUGCUCGCCAGCUGGGGUCGUGAUCUUCAGUGUGGCUGGAUACAGGAGAUCGUAUUUCACGCCCGUACACCGGCGAAGCAAUCCUCUCACCUCGGUGAAGGCGGCUCUCUUUUUUCUGACGGCAGCCGAGAAAUCUGGGUAGAUGUAGAAACGCUUGCCUUUGUGGGUGAUGGGACCUGCACCCAUGGCCUUUUGAAGAACAUCCACUUUCUCCUGAAAGUAGUGGAACUUGACGAUUAUUGGCCUCGGGGCAUCUCCGACUUUGGCCUCGGCUGCAGGCUUCUGUGCGCCCGAUCAAGCGUCGGCAUAUAGUCGAGGGUCAGCGCUUCCUUCAAUAAUUCGGCCACGGCUUUCUCCGGUCGUAUAUUUCCGAGUCCCUCUUCCACUCCGACUAGUCUGCAGUUAACUCGCCGCUGCUGAGACUCCAACUCUUCGGUCUUAUCUGCCAACCGGGUGACUUGUGUAGACAGCGUAUUAACUUUAGCUUCAAGCGCGACAACCCGGUUAGCAUUGCCAUUAGCUUCCUCCUCGAGAUCACCAAUGCGGCUUGAGAAUGUGGCGUUUUCUUUCUGCACUUCUUCAGUUACCUUCUUAAACUCUGCGCGCACAUUCAGGAUUUCUGUCCUUAAGUCACUCGCCAAGCUGUCUAUUUUCUUGUCCAGUUUACCUGCAGCCGCCAUCACAGACGAGUCGAUCUUGGUUAGCACACUCUGCUCCGUUUGCUUUAUGGCAGCCAUGAUUGCGUCGAGAUCCGACCCUGAACCCGCUUCCGCGGGCGGCUCCACGUCAACCGAUUCUGAGGCGUCCGGCCCUGGCUUCGGCUUUUGAGAUUUGGGCAUUGUGAACAGCUUUGAAUUUAGAAAAAAACGACUAAUUCGAGGGACUUGGCACUUUAGAGACCCGUUUGCACCGGGAAGAACGAGAAGGAGAGGAGGAAUAUUAAAUUAACAUUCACUCUAAGCAGAGCUCACAAAAACACGUCUUCACAUGUUGCUGCUCAGCUGCGCCCCCCGAUCAAGAGUUCUUUUAAAAGUGAAGGUCAAUGGAAACUAGAAAAAUUGCAUUUCCUUGCAGAAAAUGCGUGGAAAUGCUGAGUGCUGAGCAAGGCAAUGCUAAACUGUUAAUCAAAAAUGGAGGAAGGUAUAAAUGUAAAAGCUGUUGAAGGGGUAAAGAAGAAAUAGACGUUAAAUAAUUGUGAAAAUGGUUGAAGGACAAAUAGUAUGAAUAUGCUCCAUAAAUUGAAAUUUGAUUUAUACUGAAAGAAGGUGAAAAAUGUCUGAAAUUGCACAAAGUUUGAAUGAAGAAGUAAAUCACCUUAAAAGGCAGGUAAGUGAGAAGUGGCAUAAAUUUAAGUUGUAGUUCUGGUAGUAGUAUUAGUCCAGUUGGAAGGAGGGGGUUCAGUGCACCCCCCGGAGAUAUAUUUCUAAUCAGUGUUUUUCUAUAGGAAAAAAUGUGCUGAAAAUGAUGAGCUAUGAUAAAAAGUUCUCAGAAUGUCCCAUCUGCCCCAAAACCCCCAAAAACCCACUUUUUGGUACAUGGCUCUAGCGAAAUUGUGUUAAGGCAAAUAUUAAUUCACUAAAAUUACAUAAUUGGACAUGAAAGUCUAAAAUUUGGCAUGGGGUAUCCUGAGACAUAGGGUUAAGUAGCCCAAUAGGAUUUUAGGACCUGCUACAACUGUAUUCAUAAUUAUGACCAACAUCAUCCCCAGAAACACAAAAAAAUAUACUGUCCACUUGACAAAUAAUAACAAAGAUGAUUGAUUUCCAGCACUUUAUGGUGAAUAUCACUGCCUCAUUUGUAUAUAUAAACUUCCCCAUGUCCCUAAGCUUCAAUUUGAGCCCAAGAUGACCUUUCUGGCUUGAAAAUUACUCUUUCUAUAGCCAAAGUUCUGCACUAUACCUCAAAUCGGAGAAAAUGGGAGAUUCUGCCAGUAGCUGUCUAUUACAGGUAUUAUGCACCCCCAUAUAUAUUUAUAUAUCUUCAUAGAACUCCAGAGACGCUGAGCGUCCGAUGGGUGGGACAAACCCACUUUGAGCUUCCAGAUUGAAGUCAGCAGACGCUGAGUGUCCGGCUGUGUAAAGUGCUGAGGCGCUGCGAGGAUGAAUGAGAACGAAGUUAUGCCGGUUACCUGUGAUUAUCAGCUUCUUAUCACAGUGUGAUUUUUUUUUGGGGGGGAUGACAUUUUAAGGGAAGAUGAGCUUCCCUUGCAGUCUUAGAGCAAUCGCCACUGAUAUAUAUAUAUUUCUGUAUUUCACGAUAUGGGGAUUCAUGAGAUUGUUGGAGACGUUGGUCCCGUAUAUCAUGAAGAUGUUGUAGUUUUUCUGCAGGGGUUCCUUUUACUUUUGAGAGGGGUGUGAAAUUACCAUGAUCUGACAGGGAUGACACAUGAAGUAUGCAUACAAGUGAUGCACUUUUGUGUGCCUCAGGAUUUAAACUCUUUUUUCCCUUAGCCUUAGGCAUGUUGGCUUGAUGUCUAUAACCACCACUGUUAAGAGAAGUGAAUAAGAAAAACCAAUAGCUGAUGUUAUGGGUGCAACCAUCUUAUUUUACAGUCAUGUUUGAAGCUACUACUUGUUUUAGCAGACUAAAGAUAAGAUAAAAUAAGAAGGAAAAAUAUUUAAACUAUAUGUGAUAACUAUAUUCAAGAAGGAAAUAUAACAUAAUGUGUACAUUGUGUAGUCAAAGUCAGUCAAUUUAUUCCACAUGUAUACAGUGGCUGAUUUAUGCUUCUUACCUUGUUUGUUGGGAGGAUGAUGUAGAAGCCAAGGUGUGGUGGUGGCAGAGUUUAUACUGUCUGUAUUGAUAUGCUCAAUGCACAACUGCUGUGCAGUCAUAGCUAUCUCUAUGCUCAAUAAGUUUGACCUGGGUCAUGGAUAAUGUUUACCAGUCACACCUGGCCUGAGUCAAAUUAAUAAAACAUACAUUGAAAGUACAUUCAAUUUCUUAUGGCACUGCUUUACAUGCAAGCAUGUCACUGGAACAUAUGGUAAUUUAACCUUGGCCCUCAAAACAGGUCCAGAUACCUUAUUUGUUAAUUUGUUAAUAACCUCCCGACUGCUCUUACUUUAACUCCCCGCGGACGUCGGGUCGUGGUGGAGGAACAGCAAUGGUAUAUAAGAAUGGCUUUAAAUGCAAACAGCGCACUGUAUCAUCCUCUUUUUCAAGCUUUGAGGUGACUUUAUUUGAGGUGGGUCGGUCUGACCCGGUGCUGUGCGCGGUCAUUUAUCGCCCCCCCAAAUACAAUAAGGAGUUUUUGAAUGACUUCUCUGGUCUACUGGCUGAAAUUAUGCAGAACUAUGAUCGUGUUCUUCUUCUUGGGGAUUUUAAUAUUCACCUGUGUUGUCCAGAAAAGCCGCUGAUGAAGGACUUUGUAAGUCUUAUUGACUCUUUUAAUUUGGUGCAGUGUGUGUCGGGUCCCACACACGAGCACAGGCAUUUACUGGACCUCGUACUGUGUCAUGGUUUACCUGUGUCUAACCUGGUGAUAUGUGAUGAUGUAUUUUCUGAUCACAGGCCUGUAUUGUUUGAAGUGUACCUUUCUUGCUCUGAGGUUAAAUCUGGCGCCCCUGCUCAGAGACGCCGGAUUCUUAACCCCUCCACUGCCGGUCGCUUCUCUGUGGCUUUUGAACAGCUCUGUCUCUGCCCUGCCUCUGCGGACACAGAGGAGCUCAGCUCCUGGUUUCAUUCCUCCUGUGAAAACAUUCUGGACUCUGUGACUCCUUUAAAAACUGUUCGGCCAAAGGCUAAAUCGGAGCCCUGGUUCAAUGAAGAAACUCGCGCAGCCAGACGAGAGUGCCGCAAAGCUGAGCGAAGGUGGAAGAAGGACAAGCUACAGGUUUCUUUCCAAAUACUUAAGGACUCUUUGAACAGCUACCAGAGAACUGUUAAAGAGAGCAAAAGACAAUAUCUGGCAAACUUGGUGGAGUUAAAUCAUCAUAACCCACGUGUGUUGUUUAAAACUAUCGACGCUGUUCUUAACGCCCCACAGCCUGCCAGCUUGGAGGCAUCUGUGGAAAUGUGCAAUAGUUUUCUGUACUUUUUUAUUGAAAAGGUUGUGACUGCCAGGUCUCUCAUCUCUGCUCCUGCAUCCGACCCCUCUGUGCCUGUUCCUUGUUCUGCAGUUCUUGACAGGUUUGAGCCUGUGUCUGUCAUUUAGAAGAGCUGGUUGGCCAAAUUAAGCCUGCUGGUUCUCCCUGUGAUGUUGUCCCUCCCAGGCUGUUUAAAGAGGUUUUCCCCUGCAUAGGUCAGUCUGUUCUGGCUAUCAUAAAUAGCAGUCUGUCCUCUGGUGUUGUUCCGCCAGGUUUUAAACAUGCAGUGGUGCAGCCUCUACUUAAAAAACCAGGCCCUGAUUGCAGUGUGCUGGCCAAUUUUAGGCCAAUCUCCAAACUUCCUUUUAUUUCAAAGAUUUUAGAGAAAGUUUUUCAUGUUCAGCUAAAGUCCUUUCUGGAUGAGCAUGGUGUCUUGGAGGUCUUCCAGUCUGGUUUUAAAACUCGCCACAGCACAGAGUCUGCUUUAAUAAGAGUUUUUAAUGACAUCCUCCAGGCAAAUGACUCUGGUGAUUAUGUUAUUCUUGUUCUGUUAGAUCUAACUGCAGCCUUCGACACAGUGGACCGCAACACUCUGGUGGCUCGGCUAAGCUACCUUAUAGGUGUCCGUGGUACUGCCCUAGAGUGGUUCAAGUCAUAUUUAACAGACAGAACAAUGAGUGUGAGCCUUGGAGAUACAAAGUCCAGCUCUGCUCCACUGCCGUAUGGGGUUCCACAAGGGUUGAUUUUAGGGCCCCUGCUCUUUUCUUUGUAUUUGUUGCCCCUGGGAUCCAUCUUAAAGGGGACCUGCCAUAAAAAUGUAAUUUUUGUUUUUUUUUGUGUCAGAUAAGGUCCAUAUUAUGUUCGUCUUAUGUUGUAAAUGUGAAAACAAACCGUUACGUCAUUUGCAUUCUGUAAAGGUUUAAAAUAAAGGAACGAGUAAACCAGGCCAAUUGAAAAAGCCCAUCGGUGUUAUGUUGCGCCGACCUUGCUCAUUAUUAUUCACGAGCGCGUCCUCGGUGAGCCGUGCCCACUCUCUCGUUCUCGUACUCAGUCACAGCCAGAGCGAGACCCAGCUACCACUGUAUCCGCUAUGGGUCUCUUCCAAACGACCGGUGUUUCCUUCGGUUCACUGCCGGGAAAAUGAACUUAAAGCUGGGCAGAAUGAAUGAGAAAACACCGCUUGAGAUCUCCGGCUUCUUCCUCAACUUCCACCUCCUCUUCGGACUCGGGGUCUAAAAUAUAUGGUUUAAUACCUGCCGUUUUUAGCCUUUAGCAUAAGGUGACCAGACGUCCCCGAUUUCCGGGGACAGUCCCCGUAUUGGAUGACCUGUCCCCGGCAAAAGCUGUCCCCGAAAAUGUCCCCGAUUUAAGCGUUUCAUGAAUGAGAGCUAAAAUGUUGUGUGUGGGCUCGAACAACGGUUAUUACAGUAGCCGAAUAGGUAGGAAGCACAAGUUAGCAGUCCUGAACAACAGUUCUUACGGGGGUUAUUACAAGGGGCAUGCGCUGCUACUAAAUAGUACCGAGACUUUGUCUGUGAUCACACAGCCCCUGCAGCCCCUGCACCGCCGCCGCCGCCGCAUCGAAUAUCCCCGGAUAUCAUUACAGACAUCUGGGUACCUUACUUUAGCACACAUUAGCAUAUGCUAUUAGCAUUAGCAUAAUAACAAGGGAUAAAUCGAAAUCCGAACCUCCACUGCUGAGCCAAUCAGAGCACAGCAGGCUUCACAGCAGCGAUCCAAUCAGAGCAAAGCUCAUUACCAUAAAUGUUAAUGAGCCAAAACCAGUUGGUUUUCCUGUAAGGUUUUUUAGGCAUACUGAAACAAACCAUCAAAUAACUUUUCAGCUAAAAUUAUGUUGCAAACAUUAUCAGAGGACAUCAAGGAUUAUGAAAAAAUGAUAAAAAUGGGUAUGAAAUUUUGGUGGCAGGUCCCCUUUAAGAAAGCAUGGCAUUUCAUGUCAUUGUUACGCUGAUGACAGUCAGAUAUAUGUGCCACUUAACAAGAAAAAUGCUUUCUCCCUCACUCCACUUCUGGCAUGUCUUGAAGACAUCAAAGCCUGGAUGGCUUUGAAUUUCUUAAAUUUCAAUGAAAAAAAAACAGAAGGGAUGGUCUUUGGUCCCAGUGGCCCUUGUGAAACCCCUCCUGUAGACUUGGGUAUUUUAGCAGAUUAUUUAAAGCCAACUGUCUCAAAUUUGGGUUUUAAGAUGGACAGUGAUUUUAAAUUUGAUAGGCAAAUUAGCUCGGUAGUGAAAUCCAGUUUUUAUCAUAUUAGGCAGCUGGCGAAGGCAAAGCCUUUUCUUUCACGUAAGCACUUUGAAACAGUAAUCCAUGCCUUUGUUACAUCUCGGCUGGAUUACUGUAACGCACUUUAUUUUGGAGUCAGCCAGUCCUCCCUCUCACGUCUCCAGUUAGUACAAAACGCAGCCGCCCGGCUCUUAACUGGAGUACGUAAGAGGGAGCACAUUACUCCCAUCCUGGCCUCCCUCCACUGGUUACCCGUGCAUUUUAGAGUUCAUUUUAAGAUUAUUUUAUUUGUUUUUAAAUCUUUAAAUGGUCUGGCUCCAUCUUACCUCUCUGAGCUUCUCCACCCCUACACCCCAGCUCGGUGCCUCAGGUCAGCUGAUCAGCUACUCCUGGAGGUACCGAGGUCCAAACGGAAGCUCAGAGGGGAUAGAUCUUUUUCUGUUGCAGCCCCAAAUUUAUGGAACGAGCUACCCCUCCAAAUUAGACAAGCCCCCACACUGUCCAUUUUUAAAAGUCGUCUUAAAACCCAUUUUUAUUCAUUGGCUUUUAACCCUGCAUGAGACUCGGCUCCUGUUUUAGUGUUUUAUGGUUUGUUUUUAGUUAUUUGUUUCUAUGUUUUUAAAUUAGUUUUUAAAAACAUUGAAACUAUAUUUUACUUUUGAUUCUGCUUUUAUUUUAUCCAUUGUUUUAAUUGUUUUUUGAUUGUUUUCUAUCUUGUUGUUUUGUCUAGUUAUGUACAGCACUUUGUUCAGCUGUGGUUGUUUUAAAGUGCUUAACAAAUAAAGUUGAGUUGAGUUGAGAAUGCAACAUUGGCUGAGAUAUAGGUAAAAUCAGUGUUUCCAAAAUGGCGGCACUAAUUAGCAUAUAAAUAAUAGAUUGGUCAUGUCGACAACUAUUAAACAUCGCUCAUCAUUUUCAGCACAUUUUUUCCAAUAAGGAAAUACUGAUUAGAAAUAUAUAAAUAUAUAUGGGGGUGCAUAAUACCUGUAAUAGACGGCUAUUGGCAGAAUCUCCUAUUUUCUCCGAUUUGAGGUAUAGUGCAGAACUUUGGCUAUAGAAAGAGUAAUUUUCAAGCCAGAAAGGUCAUCUUGGGCUCAAAUUGAAGCUUAGGGACAUGGGAAGUUUAUAUAUACAAAUGAGGCAGUGAUAUUCACCAUAAAGUGCUGGAAAUCAAUCAUCUUUGUUAUUAUUUGUCAAGUGGACAGUAUAUUUUUUUGUGUUUCUGGGGAUGAUGUUGGUCAUAAUUAUGAAUACAGUUGUAGCAGGUCCUAAAAUCCUAUUGGGCUACUUAACCCUAUGUCUUAGGAUACCCCAUGCCAAAUUUUAGACUUUCAUGUCCAAUUAUGUAAUUUUAGUGAAUUAAUAUUUGCCUUAACACAAUUUCGCUAGAGCCAUGUACCAAAAAGUGGGUUUUUGGGGGUUUUGGGGCAGAUGGGACAUUCUGAGAACUUUUUAUCAUAGCUCAUCAUUUUCAGCACAUUUUUUCCUAUAGAAAAACACUGAUUAGAAAUAUAUCUCCGGGGGGUGCACUGAACCCCCUCCUUCCAACUAGACUAUAUGGUAAGUAGUCAUAGUAGUGAUAUAAGUAGUUGUGUAAGCAGUAGAAGUAGUUUGAGAAUAGAAGAAGUCGAUGAAUUAAAAAUCCUCAAGUAUUAGAGAGUUUUGAAGAUUGAGAAAUGUUUGAAUGAGUUUAGAUUUGGUGCACUAAUUUGUUGCCAUGGGGAAGGUGGAAGCAUCAAUACAGCAGGAGAAAGGAGGCUUGAAGCUGAGGAAACAGCUCUCCAGCUACGCCCAGAUGCUUUGCCCUAUAUUCAUUAUAAGGAGGUUGUGAAAACCGCAAGACUCUACUAAAUAUAUUGAUACAAUUUAUUAAAAACAUCCUAGUAACACCCCAUACAGUCCUUAAUAAGCUGAAUUUCUGGAGCCCAGAAUGGUAUCUGUAGCCCAAAAUUUGUGGUAGAGGAUAGGUGGUGAGGCAGACAUAUGGUCAAAGUGUGUGCAUGGAGGUGUCAUAGACAGAGAGAGAGUCACGCACACACAUUGUCAGAGUGGGUGUGUGUGUUUGUGUGUCUGUUUAUUAAUGCAUCCUAUACAGACCAAAGGACCAACUGACCAACGUUUUGAAUGAGAAGCUGCCUAACUGCAGUGAAUUUAGAGUCCCGAACUUCUUCACAUCGCACGAUUUUCUUAAAUCCCAGAAUGAAAAUAGGAACAUUGUAGGAAUCCCGAAAUCCUAAAGAAUACAAUGAUGUGGUUUUCAUGUCUGUACUCUAAAAAAUGUGGCCACAACAGCGAGUUAAACAGAUUUAACCCUGAGUGAUGAUCAGGAUUUUCUGGGAGAAAGAUUACAUUAUGGUCAAUGGGAGGAAACUCUGCCCCAAAGGAAUAGUUUAAAAGUUGAACGGUUGAAAUAGCACAAAGUAUGAAGGAGUUGCAAAGUUGCAAAAAAGGUACGGAAGAAUAAUAACUAGCAAAAUUGCAUUUCCUUGCAGAAAAUGCGUGGAAAUGCUGAGUGCUGAAAGCUGAAGAGGUUGGAUAAUUGUUUAAUUGGUUGAAGGACAAAUAGUAUGAAUAUGCUCUAUAAAUGAAAAUUUUAUUCAUGUUGAAAGAGGCUAGAAAAAUGUCUAAGUUUGAAUGAAGAAGGAAAUUGCUUAAAAGGCAGGAAGGUGAGAAGUGGCAUAAGUUAAAGUUGUAGUACUAGAAGUAGUAUGAUAAGUAGUCAAGUAGUGAUACUAGUAGUCAUGUAAGCAGUAGAAGUAGUUUGAGAAGAAAAGAAGUAUAAGUCAAAGUAGUAGAGAAAGUAGAAAUAGUAGCAAUAGCAGUUGAAGUAGAGGGGAAAGUACUAGUUUAAUUGACAUUAGCAGUAGUUAUAGUUCUAGAUGUGGGAUUUUGUUUGAAGGAUGAAAUAAUGCAUAAAUAUUAAAACUAAUUGAAACAGGGAAAAUUUAAAUAAUUAAAAAUCCUCAAGUAUCAGAAGGUUUUUAAGUAUCAGAGAGGUUUGAAUGAGUUUAAAUUAGUUUAGAAAAAUAAAUAAUAAAUCAUCACUGAGUGACUUUAAAAUGUGAAAAAUGUAAAUGAAUAAAAAUCCUGACUAUACCCCAUAAUGCCCUCAAUGAGCUUAAAUCUUGAAGCCCUAAAUGGUUUCUGUAGGUCAAAGUUCAUGGGAGGAGAUAGGGGCCUAAGUUCAUAAAGCGCUAUAGUGAAGAGUUUUAAAUGUCACCCCCAGUGCUAUGUGUACUGAGCCUGGCUUCAUGUGUCUCAUAUGUGUCAAUCCUAAAUACACCCCAUAAUGUCCUCAAUGAGCUGAAUUUUUGAAGCCCAGAAUGGUUUCUGUAGGUCAAAAUUUGUGCUUGGCUUGGCCUGGCUUCAUGUAUCUCAUAUGGCCACUAGAAGAGGCUUUUCAGUCAGCUGUGUGUCUCCAGGUGCGCUAAUUGGUUGCCAUAGGCAGUGACACACGCACAGACACACAUUGUCAGACUGUGUGUGUGUGUCUCGUUAAUGAUUUUAUCCUAAACAGCUGUGAGAUCAAAGCCAUUAACUGACCUACUGUUUGACUGAGAGGUGCUGAACUGCAGUGAAUUUAGGGCCUCUGAACUUCUUCACAUAGCACGAUUUCCUUAAAUCCCAGAAUGAUAAUAAGAACAUCGUACGAAUCCUCCGUCCUUCAUGAACACAAUGAUGUUUUCAUGUCUGUACUCCGAAAAAUGUGGCCACAACAGCGAGUUAAAAAAGUCUGAGCCUGAGUGGCGAUAAGGAUUUUCUUGGAGAAAAAAUACAUUAGGGCUAAUGGGAGAGAUUUCCGCCUAUUUGGACAGUUGGUCACCUGCUGGCCAAGGGGUAGGAUUUAAUGAUUUGAAACCUUUUUUGUGAGAAGCAGGACACAUAUGCCUCCAUUUUGAUGUAUUUUUUAUGGCUGUGGAGUGAGAUUUGUGGGCGUAGGAGCGAUAUAUUCGAGCGAGGUUCUGUCGAUCAGAGACGAGGUCUGCACUCUAGCUUUUCAAAUCGUCACUCUAGCCUCUCCAAUACACACCCAUUAUAAAGCCUGAAAAUUUGCUGAAAACCACAAGUUGCUUAAAGCUAAAUUGUGGAAAAACUGUAAAAGAUAUCAAAAAACUGAGUACAACUGUAAUAGUCGACAAGUGAAUGAACAUUUUCAAGCAAAAAUGAGGGCUCUAGGUGAAAGUACGCUGAAGUUAUAAGGCUCAGAAGAUGGAGGAGGAAAAGGUAGAAUUUUAAGAUUUCCCCAUUCAUUUCUAAUGGUACAAAUUUUGGCACAAAAAGUUAAAAAAACCAAAAAGUAUAAAGGGUAGAAAAAAGAAAAAUACAUCCGCACAUGUCCUGAAGGAGUGGAAUAGUUUAAAGUUUGAACGGUUGAAAUCGGACAAAGUUUGAAGGAGGAGAAGCGGUCCAAAAAAGGUACGGAAGAAUAAUAAGAUUAAAGAAACAGGAGAAUAACAAUAAGUGGAAAUGCUUAAUCAGCAUUUCCACUUAAUAAUGAUAAUAAUCAUAAUAAAGAAAUAGGAGAAUAACAAUAAGUGGAUAUGCUUAAUCAGCAUUUCCACUUAAUUAUAAUAAUAACUAGAAAAAUUGCAUUUCCUUGCAGAAAAUGCGUGGAAAUGCUGAGUGCUGAAAGCUGAAAAAGCAAUGCUAAACUGCUAAUAAAACAUGGAGAAAGGUAUCAAUGUUAAAGCUGUUGAAGGGGUGAGAAAGAAAUGUAAGUUGGAUAAUUGAUUAAUUGGUUGAAGGACAAAUAGUAUGAAUAUGCUCUAUAAAAGAAAAUUCUAUUCAUGCUGAAAGAGGCUAGAAAAAUGUCUAAAAUUGCACAAAGUUUGAAUGAAGAAGGAAAUUGCCUUAAAAGGCAGGAAGGUGAGAAGUGGCAUAAGUUUAAGUUUUUAAGUAUAAGAAAGGUUUGAAUCAGUUUGAAUCAGUUCAAAUUAGUUUGAAAAAUUAAAUGAUAAAUCAUCACUGAGUGACUUUAAAAUGUGAAAAAUCUAAAUGAAUAAAAAUCCUAAAUACACCCCAUAAUGUCCUCAAUGAGCUUUCAUUUUAAAGCCCUGAAUGGUUUCUGUAGGUCAAAGGUCAUGUGAGGAGAUAGGGGCUUAGGUUUUUUCAAGCACUCUAGUAAAGGGUUUUAAGUGUCACCCCAAGUGCUAUGUGUUCUGAGCCUGGCUUCAUUUGUCUCAUAUGGCCAUUAGAAGCAGCUUUCCAGUCAGCUGUGUGUCUCCAGGUGCACAAAUUGGUUGCCAUGGGGACCUUGGAUGAAUAACUAUAGCAGGAGAAAGAAGGCUUGAAGCUAAGGAAACAGGACUCCAAGUAGGCCCUGACGCUCAUCCUCUGUAUAAAUUCAUAAGGAGCUUGUGAGAACACAAGAUUUUGCUGAACACAUUAAUACAAUUUAUUAUCACAAUCCUCAAAACACCCCAUAAUAUCUUCAAUGAGCUGAAUUUUUCAAGCCCAGAAUGGUUUCUGUAGCUCAAAGUUUGUGGGUGGAGAUAGGUGAUGAAGCAGACACAUAUUACCUGUGUGUACAAGCAGGUGAACUGCCAGGUAGACCUGACAAUGCAAAUAGUACAAGAAUGUGUGUGUGUGUGUGUGUGUGUGUGUGUGUGUGUGUGUGUGUGUGUGUGUGUGUGUGUGUGUGUGUGUCGUUAAUGACUGCAUCCUAAACAGCUGUGAGAUCAAAGCAUUAACUAACCUAUUGUUUGAAUGGAGAAGCUGCCGAACUGCAGUGAAUUUAGGGUUCUGAACUUCUUCACAUAGCACGAUUUCCUUAAAUCCCAGAAUGAAAAUAAGAACAUCGUACGAAUCCUCCAUCCUUUAUGAACACAAUGAUCUGUUUUUCAUGUCUGUACUCCGAAAAAUGUGGCCACAACAGCGAGUUAAAAAAGUCUGAGCCUGAGUGACGAUAAGGAUUUUCUUGGAGAAAAAAUACAUUAGGGCCAAUGGGGAGAGAUUUGCGCCUAUUUGGACAGUUGGUCACCUGCUGGCCAAGGGGUAGGAUUUAAUGAUUUGAAACCUCUUUUGUGAGAAGCAGGACACAUAUACCUCCAUUUUGAUGUAUUUUUUAUGGCUGUGGAGUGAGAUUUGUGGGCGUGGGAGCGAUAUAUUCGAGCGAGGUUCUGUCGAUCAGAGACGAGGUCUGCACUCUAGCUUUUCAAAUCAUCACUCUAGCCUCUCCAAUACACCCCCAUUAUAAAGCCUGAAAUUUGCUGAAAACCAUAAGUUGCAUAAAGCUAAAUUGUGGAAAAACUGUAAAAGAUAGCAAAAAAAAGUUAAUACAACAUCAAUAGUCGACAAGACAAUGAACAUUUUAAAGCAAAAAUUAGGUCUCUAGGUGAAAGUAUGCUGAAGUUAUAAGGCAUAGAAAGUGGACGAAUAACAGGAAGAAUUGGAACAUUUCCCCAUUCAUUUCUAUGGGAAAAAAAGUUUGGCACAAAAAGUGAAAAAUAAUAAAAAGUACAAAGGACAGAAAGGAAAAAAAUACAAGCACACAUGUCCUGAUGGAGUGGAAUAGUUUAAAGUUUGAACGGUUGAAAUCGGACAAAGUUUGAAGGAGGAGAAGCGGUCCAAAGAAACGUAUGGGGAGAGUGUUAAGUAUAAUACUAGAAAAAUUGCAUUUCCUUGCAGAAAAUGCGUGGAAAUGCUGAGUGCUGAAAGCUGAAAAAGCAAUGCUAAACUGCUAAUAAAACAUGGAGAAAGGUAUAAAUGUUAAAGCUGUUGAAGGGGUGAAAAAGAAAUAUAAGUUGGAUAAUAGUUUAAUUGGUUGAAGGACAAAUAGUAUGAAUAUGCUCUAUAAAAGGAAAUUUUAUUCAUGCUGAAAGAGGCUAGAAAAAUGUCUAAAAUUGCACAAAGUUUGAAUGAAGAAGGAAACUGCCUUUAAAGGCAGGAAGGUGAGAAGUGGCAUAAGUUUAAGUUGUAGUACUAGAAGAAGUAUGAUAAGAAGUCAAGUCGUGAUACUAGUAGUCAUGUCAGCAGUAGAAGUAGAUUGAGGAUAAAAGAAGUAUAAGUCAAAGUAGUAGACAAAGUAGAAAUAGUAGCAAUAGCAGCAGUAGAGAAAGUAGAAAUAGGAGCAAUAGCAGUUGAAGUAGAGGGGAAAGUACUAGUUUAAUUGACAUUAGCAGUAGUUGUAGUACUAGAGGUAGGAUUUUGUUUGAAGGACGGAAUAAUGCAUAAAUAUUAAAACUAACUUAAAAAAGGGAAAAUUUAAAUAAUUAAAUUUCACUAGUAUCAGAAAGUUUUUUAGUAUUAGAAAGGUUUGAAUCAUUUUGAAUGAGUUUAAAUUAGUUUGAAAAAUUAAAUGAUAAAUCAUCACUGAGUGACUUUAAAAUGUGAAAAAUUUAAAUGAAUAUAAAUCCUAAAUACACCCCAUAAUGUCCUCAAUGAGCUUAAAUUUUAAAGCCCUGAAUGGUUUCUGUAGGUCAAAGGUCAUGUGAGGAGAUAGGGGCUGAAGGUUUUUCAAGCGCUCUAGGAAAGGGUUUUAAGUGUCAUCCCCAGUGCUAUGUGUACUAAGCCUGGCUUCAUGUGUCUCAUAUGGCCAUUAGAAGCAGCUUUCCAGUCAGCUGUGUGUCUCCAGGUGCACAAAUUGGUUGCCAUGGGGACCUUGGAUGCAUAACUAUAGCAGGAGAAAGAAGGCUUGAAGCUAAGGAAACAGGACUCCAAGUAGGCCCUGACGCUCACCCUCUGUAUAUAUUCAUAAGGAGCUUGUGAGAACACAAGACUCUGCUGAACACAUUAAUACAAUUUAUUAUCACAAUCCUCAAAACACCCCAUAAUAUCUUCAAUGAGCUGAAUUUUUGAAGCCCAGAAUGGUUUCUGUAGCUCAAAGUUUGUGGGUGGAGAUAGGUGGCGAAGCAGACACAUAUUAACUGUGUGUACAAGCAGCUGAACUGCAAGGUAGACUUCAUAAAGCAACAAGUACAAGAAUGUGUGUGCGUGUGUGUGUGUGUGUGUCGUUAAUGACUUCAUCCUAAACAGCUGUGAGAUCAAAGGCAAAUCACUGACCUACUGUUUGAAUGACAAGCAGCUGAACUGCAGAGGUUUUAGAGGCUCUAAACUUCUUCACAUAGCGUGAUUUCCUUAAGUCCCAGAAUGAAAAUAAGAACAUCGUACGAAUCCUCCGCCCUUCAUGAACACAAUGAUGUCUUUUUCAUGUCUGUACUCCGAAAAAUGUGGCCACAACAGUGAGUUAAAAAAGUCUGAGCCUGAGUGGGGAUAAGGAUUUUCUUGGAGAAGAAAUACAUUAGGUCUAAUGGGGAGAGAUUUCCGCCUAUUUGGACAGUUGGUCACCUGCUGGCCAAGGGGUAGGAUUUAAUGAUUUGAAACCUCUUUUGUGAGAAGCAGGACACAUAUACCUCCAUUUUGAUGUAUUAUUUGUGUCAGUGGAGUGAGAUUUGUGGGCGUGGGAGCGAUAUAUUCGAGCGAGGUUCUGUCGAUCAGAGACGAGGUCUGCACUCUAGCUUUUCAAAUCAUCACUCUAGCCUCUCCAAUACACCCCUAUUAUAAAGCCUGAAAUUUGCUGAAAACCACGAGGUGCUUAAAGCUAAAUUGUGGGAAAACUGUAGAAGAUAGCACAAAAAAGUUAAUACAACAUCAAUAGUCGACAAUACAAUGAACAUUUUAAAGCAAAAAUGAGACAUCUAGGUGAAAGUAUGCUGAAGUUAUAAGGCUUAGAAGGUGGAAGAAGAAAAAGAAGAAUUGGAAGAUUUCUCCAUUCAUUUCUAUGGGAAAAAAAGUUUGAGACAAAAAGUGAAAAAUAAUAAAAAGUAUAAAGGGUAGAAAAGAGAAAAGUAAUAGCCAUCAUGUCCUGAUGGAGCGGAAUAGUUUAAAGUUUGAACGGUUGAAAUCGGACAAAGUUUGAAGGAGGAGAAGCGGUCCAAAGAAACGUAUGGGGAGAGUGUUAAGUAUAAUACUAGAAAAAUUGCAUUUCCUUGCAGAAAAUGCGUGGAAAUGCUGAGUGCUGAAAGCUGAAAAAGCAAUGCUAAACUGCUAAUAAAACAUGGAGAAAGGUAUAAAUGUUAAAGCUGUUGAAGGGGUGAACAGAAAUAUAAGUUGGAUAAUUGAUUAAUUGGUUGAAGGACAAAUAGUAUGAAUAUGCUCUAUAAAAGGAAAUUUUAUUCAUGCUGAAAGAGGCUAGAAAAAUGUCGAAAAUUGCACAAAGUUUGAAUGAAGAAGGAAAUUGCCUUAAAAGGCAGGAAGGUGAGAAGUGGCAUAAGUUUAAAUUGUAGUACUAGAAGUAGUAUGAUAAGAAGUCAAGUCGUGAUACUAGUAGUCAUGUCAGCAGUAGAAGUAGAUUGAGAAUAAAAGAAGUAUAAGUCAAAGUAGUAAAGAAAGUAGAAAUAGGAGCAAUAGCAGUUGAAGUAGAGGGGAAAGUUCUAGUUUAAUUGACAUUAGCAGUAUUUGUCGUACUUGAGGUAGGAUUUUGUUUGAAUGAUGGAGUAAUGCAUAGAUAUUAAAACUAAUUUAAAACAGGGAAAUUUUAAAUUAUCAAAAGUCCUCAAGUAUCAGAAAGUUUUGAAGUAUUAGAAAGGUUUGAAUCAGUUUGAAUGAGUUUAAAUUAGUUAGAAAAAUUAAAUGAUAAAUCAUCACUGACUGACUUUUAAAAUGUGAAAAAUUUAAAUGAAUAACAAUCCUAAAUACACCCAAUAAUGUCCUCAAUGAGCUUAAAUUUCAAAGCCCUGAAUGGUUUCUGUAGGUCAAAGGUCAUGUGAGGAGAUAGGGGCUGAAGUUUUUUCCAACGCUCUAGGAAAAGUUUUUAAGUGUCAUCCCAAUUGCUAUGUGUACUGAGCCUGGCUUCAUGUGUCUCAUAUGGCCACUAGAAGCAGCUUUCCAGUCAGCUGUGUGUCUCCAGGUGCACAAAUUGGUUGCCAUGGGGACCUGGGAUGCAUAACUAUAGCAGGAGAAAGAAGGCUUGAAGCUAAAGAAACAGGACUCCAAGUAGGCCCUGACGCUCACCCUCUGUAUAUAUUCAUAAGGAGCUUGUGAGAACACAAGACUCUGCUGAACACAUUAAUACAAUUAAUUAUCACAAUCCUCAAAACACCCCAUAAUAUCUUCAAUGAGCUGAAUUUUUGAAGCCCAGAAUGGUUUCUGUAGCUCAAAGUUUGUGGGUGGAGAUAGGUGGUGAAGCAGACACAUAUUAACUGUGUGUACAAGCAGCUGAACUGCAAGGUGGACCUCAAAAUGCAACAAGUACAAGAAUGUGUGUGCGUGUGCGUGUGUGUCUCGUUAAUGACUGCAUCCUAAACAGCUGUGAGAUCAAAGGCAAAUCACUAACCUACUGUUUGACUGAGAGGUGCUGAACUGCAGUGAAUUUCAGCCUGUGAACUUCUUCACAUAGCGUGAUUUCCUUAAGUCCCAGAAUGAAAAUAAGAACAUCGUACGAAUCCUCCGUCCUUCAUGAACACAAUGAUGUGUUUUUCAUGUCUGUACUUCGAAAAAUGUGGCCACAACAGCGAGUUAAAAAAGUCUGAGCCUGAGUGGGGAUAAGGAUUUUCUUGGAGAAGAAAUACAUUAGGUCUAAUGGGGAGAGAUUUCCGCCUAUUUGGACAGUUGGUCACCUGCUGGCCAAGGGGUAGGAUUUAAUGAUUUGAAACCUCUUUUGUGAGAAGCAGGACACAUAUACCUCCAUUUUGAUGUAUUUUUUAUGGCUGUGGAGUGAGAUUUGUGGGCGUGGGAGCGAUAUAUUUGAGCGAGGUUCUGUCGAUCAGAGACGAGGUCUGCACUCUAGCUUUUCAAAUCAUCACUCUAGCCUCUCCAAUACACCCCUAUUAUAAAGCCUGAAAUUUGCUGAAAACCACAAGUUGCAUAAAGCUAAAUUGUGGAAAAACUGUAAAAGAUAGCACAAAGAGGUUAAUACAACAUCAAUAGUCGACAAGACAAUGAACAUUUUAAAGCAAAAAUGAGGUCUCUAGGUGAAAGUAUGCUGAAUUUAUAAGGUCUAGAAGGUGGACGAAUAACAGGAAGAAUUGAAAGAUUUCCCCAUUCAUUUCUAUGGGGAAAAAAGUUUGGCACAAAAAGUGAAAAAUAAUAAAAAGUAUAAAGGGUAGAAAAGAGAAAAGUAAUAGCCAUCAUGUCCUGAUGGAGCGGAAUAGUUUAAAGUUUGAACGGUUGAAAUCGGACAAAGUUUGAAGGAGGAGAAGCGGUCCAAAGAAACGUAUGGGGAGAGUGUUAAGUAUAAUACUAGAAAAAUUGCAUUUCCUUGCAGAAAAUGCGUGGAAAUGCUGAGUGCUGAAAGCUGAAAAAGCAAUGCUAAACUGCUAAUAAAACAUGGAGAAAUGUAUAAAUGUUAAAGCUGUUGAAGGGGUGUGAAAGAAAUGUAAGUUGGAUAAUUGAUUAAUUGGUUGAAGGACAAAUAGUAUGAAUAUGCUCUAUAAAAAGAAAUUUUAUUCAUACUGAAAGAGGCUAGAAAAAUGUCUAAAAUUGCACAAAGUUUGAAUGAAGAAGGAAAUUGCCUUAAAAGGCAGGAAGGUGGGAAGUGGCAUAAGUUUAAUUUUUUAAGUAUUAGAAAGGUUUGAAUCAGUUUGAAUCAGUUCAAAUUAGUUUGAAAAAUUAAAUGAUAAAUCAUCACUGAGUGACUUUAAAAUGUGAAAAAUCUAAAUGUAUAUAAAUCCUAAAUACACCCCAUAAUGUCCUCAAUGAGCUCAAAUUUUAAAGCCCUGAAUGGUUUCUGUAGGUCAAAGGUCAUGUGAGGAGAUAGGGGCUGAAGUUUUUUCAAGCGCUGUAGUAAAGGGUUUUAAGUGUCAUCCCCAGUGCUAUGUGUGCUGAGUCUGGCUUCAUGUGUCUCAUAUGGCCAUUAGAAGCAGCUUUCCAGUCAGCUGUGUGUCUCCAGGUGCACUAAUUGGUUGCCAUGGGGACCUUGGAUGCAUAACUAUAGCAGGAGAAAGAAGGCUUGAAGCUAAGGAAACAGGACUCCAAGUAGGCCCUGACGCUCAUCCUCUGUAUAUAUUCAUGAUAAGGAGCUUGUGAGAACACAAGACUCUGCUAAACACAUUAAUACAAUUUAUUAUCACAAUCCUCAAAACACCCCAUAAUAUCUUCAAUGAGCUGAAUUUUAGAAGCCCAGAAUGGUUUCUGUAGCUCAAAGUUUGUGGGUGGAGAUAGGUGGCGAAGCAGACACAUAUUAACUGUGUGUACAAGCAGCUGAACUGCAAGGUAGACCUCAUAAAGCAACAAGUACAAGAAGUGUGUGUGUGUGUGUGUGUGUGUGUGUGUGUCUCGUUAAUGACUGCAUCCUAAACAGCUGUGAGAUCAAAGGCAAAUCACUGACCUACUGUUUGAAUGAGAAGCAGCUGAACUGCAGAGGAUUUAGAGGCUCUAAACUUCUUCACAUAGCGUGAUUUCCUUAAGUCACAGAAUGAAAAUAAGAACAUCGUACGAAUCCUCCGCCCUUCAUGAACACAAUGAAGUAUUUUUCAUGUCUGUACUCCGACAGAUGUGGCCACAACAGCGAGUUAAAAAAGUCUGAGCCUGAGCGAUGAUCCGGAUUUUCUUGGAGAAAAUUAACAUUACGGUCAAUGGGAGAGAUUUCCGCCUUCUUUGGACAGUUGGUCACCUGCUGGCCAAGGGGUAGGAUUUAAUGAUUUGAAACCUCUUUUGUGAGAAGCAGGACACAUAUACCUCCAUUUUGAUGUAUUAUUUGUGUCAGUGGAGUGAGAUUUGUGGGCGUGGGAGCGAUAUAUUCGAGCGAGGUUCUGUCGAUCAGAGACGAGGUCUGCACUCUAGCUGAUGACAUCAUCACUCUAAACUCUCCAAUACACACCCAUUAUAAAGCUUGAAAUUUGCUGAAAACCACAAGUUGCUUAAAGCUAAAUUGUGGAAAAACUGUAAGAGAUAUCAAAAAACUGAGUACAACUGUAAUAGUCGACAAGUGAAUGAACAUUUUAAAGCAAAAAUGAGGUCUCUAGGUGAAAGUAUGCUGAAGUUAUAAGGUCUAGAAGGUGGAAGAAUAAAAGGAAGAAUUGGAAGAUUUCCCCAUUGACUUCAAUGUUAAAAUUUUUGCACAAAAAGUUAAAAAAAACAAAAAGUAUAAAUGUUAGAAAAGUGAAAAGUAAUAGCAAACGUGUCCUGAAGGAGUGGAAUAGUUUAAAGUUUGAACGGUUGAAAUCGGACAAAGUUUGAAGGAGGAGAAAGCGGACGAAAAACGGCGGAAGAAUAAUAAUAAUAAUAAUAAAGAAACGGGAGAAUAACAAUAAGUGGAAAUGCCUAUCAGCAUUUCCACUUAACUAGAAAAAUUGCAUUUCCUUGCAGAAAAUGCGUGGAAAUGCUGAGUGCUGAAAGCUGAAAAAGCAAUGCUAAACUGCUAAUAAAACAUGGAGAAAGGUAUAAAUGUUAAAGCUGUUGAAGGGGUGAAAAAGAAAUAUAAGUUGGAUAAUUGUUUAAUUGGUUGAAGGACAAAUAGUAUGAAUAUGCUCUAUAAAAGGAAAUUUUAUUCAUGCUGAAAGAGGCUAGAAAAAUGUCUCAAAUUGCACAAAGUUUGAAUGAAGAAGGAAAUUGCCUUAAAAGGCAGGAAGGUGAGAGGUGGCAUAAGUUUAAGUUGUAGUACUAGAAGUAGUAUGAUAAGAGGUCAAGUCGUGAUACUAGUAGUCAUGUCAGCAGUAGAAGUAGUUUGAGAAUAAAAGAAGUAUAAGUCAAAGUAGAGAAAGUAGAAAUAGGAGCAAUAGCAGUUGAAGUAGAGGGGAAAGUACUAGUUUAAUUGACAUUAGCAGUAGUUCUAGUACUUGAGGUAUGAUUUUGUUUGAAGGAUGGAAUAAUGCAUAAAUAUUAAAACUAAUUUAAAACAGGGAAAUUUUAAAUUAUCAAAAGUCCUCAAGUAUCAGAAAGUUUUGAAGUAUUAGAAAGGUUUGAAUCAGUUUGAAUGAGUUUAAAUUAGUUUGAAAAAUUAAAUGAUAAAUCAUCACUGACUGACUUUUAAAAUGUGAAAAAUUUAAAUGAAUAACAAUCCUAAAUACACCCAAUAAUGUCCUCAAUGAGCUUAAAUUUCAAAGCCCUGAAUGGUUUCUGUAGGUCAAAGGUCAUGUGAGGAGAUAGGGGCUGAAGUUUUUUCCAACGCUCUAGGAAAGGGUUUUAAGUGUCAUCCCAAUUGCUAUGUGUACUGAGCCUGGCUUCAUGUGUCUCAUAUGGCCACUAGAAGCAGCUUUCCAGUCAGCUGUGUGUCUCCAGGUGCACAAAUUGGUUGCCAUGGGGACCUUGGAUGCAUAACUAUAGCAGGAGAAAGAAGGCCUUGAAGCUAAAGAAACAGGACUCCAAGUAGGCCCUGACGCUCACCCUCUGUAUAUAUUCAUAAGGAGCUUGUGAGAACACAAGACUCUGCUGAACACAUUAAUACAAUUUAUUAUCACAAUCCUCAAAACACCCCAUAAUAUCUUCAAUGAGCUGAAUUUUUGAAGCCCAGAAUGGUUUCUGUAGCUCAAAGUUUGUGGGUGGAGAUAGGUGGUGAAGCAGACACAUAUUAACUGUGUGUACAAGCAGCUGAACUGCAAGGUGGACCUCAAAAAGCAACAAGUACAAGAAUGUGUGUGCGUGUGUGUGUGUGUGUGUGUCGUUAAUGACUGCAUCCUAAACAGCUGUGAGAUCAAAGGCAAAUCACUAACCUACUGUUUGACUGAGAGGUGCUGAACUGCAGUGAAUUUCAGCCUGUGAACUUCUUCACAUAGCGUGAUUUCCUUAAGUCCCAGAAUGAAAAUAAGAACAUCGUACGAAUCCUCCGUCCUUCAUGAACACAAUGAUGUGUUUUUCAUGUCUGUACUUCGAAAAAUGAGGCCACAACAGCGAGUUAAAAAAGUCUGAGCCUGAGCGAUGAUCCGGAUUUUCUUGGAGAAAAAUAACAUUAUGGUCAAUGGGAGAGAUUUCCGCCUUUUUUGGACAGUUGGUCACCUGCUGGCCAAGGGGUACGAUUUAAUGAUUUGAAACCUCUUUUGUGAGAAGCAGGACACAUAUACCUCCAUUUUGAUGUAUUAUUUGUGUCAGUGGAGUGAGAUUUGUGGGCGUGGGAGCGAUAUAUUCGAGCGAGGUUCUGUCGAUCAGAGACGAGGUCUGCACUCUAGCUGAUGACAUCAUCACUCUAAACUCUCCAAUACACACCCAUUAUAAAGCUUGAAAUUUGCUGAAAACCACAAGUUGCUUAAAGCUAAAUUGUGGAAAAACUGUAAAAGAUAUCAAAAAACUGAGUACAACUUAUAAUAGUCGACAAGUGAAUGAACAUUUUAAAGCAAAAAUGAGGUCUCUAGGUGAAAGUAUGCUGAAGUUAUAAGGUCUAGAAGGUGGAAGAGGAAAAGGUAGAUUUUAAGAUUUCCCCAUUCAUUUUUCAAUGGUAAAAUUUUUGCACAAAAAGUUAAAAAAAACAAAAAGUAUAAAGGGUAGAAAGGAAAAAAAUAGACGCCAUAAUGUCCUGAAUGAGUGGAAUAGUUUAAAGUUUGAACGGUUGAAAUCGGACAAAGUUUGAAGGAGGAGAAGCGGUCCAAAAAUCGGCGGAAGAAUAAUAAUAAGUUUAAUAAAGAAACAGGAGAAUAACAAUAAGUGGAAAUGCUUAAUCAGCAUUUCCACUUAACUAGAAAAAUUGCAUUUCCUUGCAGAAAAUGCGUGGAAAUGCUGAGUGCUGAAAGCUGAAAAAGCAAUGCUAAACUGCUAAUAAAACAUGGAGAAAUGUAUAAAUGUUAAAGGUGUUGAAGGGGUGUGAAAGAAAUGUAAGUUGGAUAAUUGAUUAAUUGGUUGAAGGACAAAUAGUAUGAAUAUGCUCUAUAAAAAGAAAUUUUAUUCAUGCUGAAAGAGGCUAGAAAAAUGUCGAAAAUUGCACAAAGUUUGAAUGAAGAAGGAAAUUGCCUUAAAAGGCAGGAAGGUGGGAAGUGGCAUAAGUUUAAUUUUUUAAGUAUUAGAAAGGUUUGAAUCAGUUCAAAGUAGUUUGAAAAAUUAAAUGAUAGAUCAUCACUGAGUAACUUUAAAAUGUGAAAAAUCUAAAUGUAUAUAAAUCCUAAAUACACCCCAUAAUGUCCUCAAUGAGCUCAAAUUUUAAAGCCCUGAAUGGUUUCUGUAGGUCAAAGGUCAUGUGAGGAGAUAGGGGCUGAAGUUUUUUCAAGCGCUCUAGUAAAGGGUUUUAAGUGUCAUCCCCAGUGCUAUGUGUGCUGAGCCUGGCUUCAUGUGUCUCAUAUGGCCAUUAGAAGCAGCUUUCCAGUCAGCUGUGUGUCUCCAGGUGCACUAAUUGGUUGCCAUGGGGACCUUGGAUGCAUAACUAUAGCAGGAGAAAGAAGGCUUGAAGCUAAGGAAACAGGACUCCAAGUAGGCCCUGACGCUCAUCCUCUGUAUCUAUUCCUGAUAAGGAGCUUGUGAGAACACAAGACUCUGCUAAACACAUUAAUACAAUUUAUUAUAACAAUCCUCAAAACACCCCAUAAUAUCUUCAAUGAGCUGAAUUUUAGAAGCCCAGAAUGGUUUCUGUAGCUCAAAGUUUGUGGGUGGAGAUAGGUGGCGAAGCAGACACAUAUUAACUGUGUGUACAAGCAGCUGAACUGCAAGGUAGACCUCAUAAAGCAACAAGUACAAGAAUGUGUGUGUGUGUGUGUGUGUGUCUCGUUAAUGACUGCAUCCUAAACAGCUGUGAGAUCAAAGGCAAAUCACUGACCUACUGUUUGAAUGAGAAGCAGCUGAACUGCAGAGGAUUUAGAGGCUCUAAACUUCUUCACAUAGCGUGAUUUCCUUAAGUCACAGAAUGAAAAUAAGAACAUCGUACGAAUCCUCCGCCCUUCAUGAACACAAUGAAGUAUUUUUCAUGUCUGUACUCCGACAAAUGUGGCCACAACAGCGAGUUAAAAAAGUCUGAGCCUGAGCGAUGAUCUGGAUUUUCUUGGAGAAAAAUAACAUUACGGUCAAUGGGAGAGAUUUCCGCCUUCUUUGGACAGUUGGUCACCUGCUGGCCAAGGGGUACGAUUUAAUGAUUUGAAACCUCUUUUGUGAGAAGCAGGACACGUAUACCUCCAUUUUGAUGUAUUUUUUAUGGGUGUGGAGUGAGAUUUGUGGGUGUGGGAACGAUAUAUUCGAGCGAGGUUCUGUCGAUCAGAGACGAGGUCUGCACUCUAGCUGAUGACAUCAUCACUCUAAACUCUCCAAUACACACCCAUUAUAAAGCUUGAAAUUUGCUGAAAACCACAAGUUGCUUAAAGCUAAAUUGUGGAAAAACUGUAAGAGAUAUCAAAAAACUGAGUACAACUGUAAUAGUCGACAAGUGAAUGAACAUUUUAAAGCAAAAAUGAGGUCUCUAGGUGAAAGUAUGCUGAAGUUAUAAGGUCUAGAAGGUGGAAGAAUAAAAGGAAGAAUUGGAAGAUUUCCCCAUUGACUUCAAUGUUAAAAUUUUUGCACAAAAAGUUAAAAAAAUCAAAAAGUAGAAAGGGUAGAAAAAAGAAAAAUAGACGCAAUAAUGUCCUGAAUGAGUGGAAUAGUUUAAAGUUUGAACGGUUGAAAUCGGACAAAGUUUGAAGGAGGAGAAGCGCGGCAAAAAACGGCGGAAGAAUAAUAAUAAGUUUAAUAAAGAACAGAAUAACAACUAGAAAAAUUGCAUUUCCUUGCAGAAAAUGCGUGGAAAUGCUGAGUGCUGAAAGCUGAAAAAGCAAUGCUAAACUGCUAAUAAAACAUGGAGAAUUGUAUAAAUGUUAAAGCUGUUGAAGGGGUGUGAAAGAAAUGUAAGUUGGAUAAUUGAUUAAUUGGUUGAAGGACAAAUAGUAUGAAUAUGCUCUAUAAAAAGAAAUUUUAUUCAUGCUGAAAGAGGCUAGAAAAAUGUCUAAAAUUGCACAAAGUUUGAAUGAAGAAGGAAAUUGCCUUAAAAGGCAGGAAGGUGAGAAGUGGCAUAAGUUUAAUUUUUUGAGUAUUAGAAUGGUUUGAAUCAGUUUGAAUCAGUUCAAAUUAGUUUGAAAAAUUAAAUGAUAAAUCAUCACUGAGUGACUUUAAAAUGUGAAAAAUCUAAAUGUAUAUAAAUCCUAAAUACACCCCAUAAUGUCCUCAAUGAGCUCAAAUUUUAAAGCCCUGAAUGGUUUCUGUAGGUCAAAGGUCAUGUGAGGAGAUAGGGGCUGAAGUUUUUUCAAGCGCUCUAGGAAAGGGUUUUAAGUGUCAUCCCCAGUGCUAUGUGUGCUGAGUCUGGCUUCAUGUGUCUCAUAUGGCCAUUAGAAGCAGCUUUCCAGUCAGCUGUGUGUCUCCAGGUGCACUAAUUGGUUGCCAUGGGGACCUUGGAUGCAUAACUAUAGCAGGAGAAAGAAGGCUUGAAGCUAAGGAAACAGGACUCCAAGUAGGCCCUGACGCUCAUCCUCUGUAUCUAUUCUGAUAAGGAGCUUGUGAGAACACAAGACUCUGCUAAACACAUUUAUACAAUUUAUUAUCACAAUCCUCGAAACACCCCAUAAUAUCUUCAAUGAGCUGAAUUUUAGAAGCCCAGAAUGGUUUCUGUAGCUCAAAGUUUGUGGGUGGAGAUAGGUGGCGAAGCAGACACAUAUUAACUGUGUGUACAAGCAGCUGAACUGCAAGGUAGACCUCAUAAAGCAACAAGUACAAGAAUGUGUGUGUGUGUGUGUGUGUGUGUGUGUGUGUGUGUCUCGUUAAUGACUGCAUCCUAAACAGCUGUGAGAUCAAAGGCAAAUCACUGACCUACUGUUUGAAUGAGAAGCAGCUGAACUGCAGAGGAUUUAGAGGCUCUAAACUUCUUCACAUAGCGUGAUUUCCUUAAGUCACAGAAUGAAAAUAAGAACAUCGUACGAAUCCUCCGCCCUUCAUGAACACAAUGAUGUGUUUUUCAUGUCUGUACUCCGACAAAUGUGGCCACAACAGCGAGUUAAAAAAGUCUGAGCCUGAGCGAUGAUCCGGAUUUUCUUGGAGAAAAAUAACAUUACGGUCAAUGGGAGAGAUUUCCGCCUUCUUUGGACAGUUGGUCACCUGCUGGCCAAGGGGUACGAUUUAAUGAUUUGAAACCUCUUUUGUGAGAAGCAGGACACAUAUACCUCCAUUUUGAUGUAUUAUUUAUGGCUCUGGAGUGAGAUUUGUGGGCGUGGGAGCGAUAUAUUCGAGCGAGGUUCUGUCGAUCAGAGACGAGGUCUGCACUCUAGCUGAUGACAUCAUCACUCUAAACUCUCCAAUACACACCCAUUAUAAAGCUUGAAAUUUGCUGAAAACCACAAGUUGCUUAAAGCUAAAUUGUGGAAAAACUGUAAGAGAUAUAAAAAAACUGAGUACAACUGUAAUAGUCGACAAGUGAAUGAACAUUUUAAAGCAAAAAUGAGGUCUCUAGGUGAAAGUAUGCUGAAGUUAUAAGGUCUAGAAGGUGGAAGAUAAAAAGGAAGAAGUGGAAGAUUUCCCCAUUGACUUCAAUGUUAAAAUUUUUGCACAAAAAGUUAAAAAAAUCAAAAAGUAUAAAGGGUAGAAAAUAGAAAAAUAGACGCAAUAAUGUCCUGAAGGAGUGGAAUAGUUUAAAGUUUGAACGGUUGAAAUCGGACAAAGUUUGAAGGAGGAGAAGCGCGGCAAAAAACGGCGGAAGAAUAAUAAUAAGUUUAAUAAAGAACAGAAUAACAAUAAGUGGAAAUGCUUGAUCAGCAUUUCCACUUAACUAGAAAAAUUGCAUUUCCUUGCAGAAAAUGCGUGGAAAUGCUGAGUGCUGAAAGCUGAAAAAGCAAUGCUAAACUGCUAAUAAAACAUGGAGAAAGGUAUAAAUGUUAAAGCUGUUGAAGGGGUGAACAGAAAUAUAAGUUGGAUAAUUGAUUAAUUGGUUGAAGGACAAAUAGUAUGAAUAUGCUCUAUAAAAGGAAAUUUUAUUCAUGCUGAAAGAGGCUAGAAAAAUGUCUAAAAUUGCACAAAGUUUGAAUGAAGAAGGAAAUUGCCUUAAAAGGCAGGAAGGUGAGAAGUGGCAUAAGUUUAAAUUGUAGUACUAGAAGUAGUAUGAUAAGAAGUCAAGUCGUGAUACUAGUAGUCAUGUCAGCAGUAGAAGUAGAUUGAGAAUAAAAGAAGUAUAAGUCAAAGUAGUAAAGAAAGUAGAAAUAGUAGCAAUAGCAGCAGUAGAGAAAGUAGAAAUAGGAGCAAUAGCAGUUGAAGUAGAGGGGAAAGUACUAGUUUAAUUGACAUAAGUAGUUGUAGUACUAGAGGUAGGAUUUUGUUUGAAGGACGGAUUAAUGCAUAAAUAUUAAAACUAAUAUAAAACAGGGAACAUUUUAUUAAUUAAAAAUCCUCAAGUAUCAGACAGUUUUUAAGUAUUAGAAAGGUUUGAAUCAUUUUGAAUGAGUUUAAAUUAGUUUGAAAAAUUAAAUGAUGAAUCAUCACUGAGUGACUUAUAAAAGUGAAAAAUUUAAAUGAAUAUAAAUCCUGAAUACACCCCAUAAUGUCCUCAAUGAGCUUAAAUUUUAAAGCCCUGAAUGGUUUCUGUAGGUCAAAGGUCAUGUGAGGAGAUAGGGGCUGAAGGUUUUUCAAGCGCUCUAUAUAUGUAUAAGGAGCUUGUGAGAACACAAGACUCUGCUAAACACAUUAAUACAAUUUAUUAUCACAAUCCUCAAAACACCCCAUAAUAUCUUCAAUGAGCUGAAUUUUUGAAGCCCAGAAUGGUUUCUGUAGCUCAAAGUUUGUGGGUGGAGAUAGGUGGUGAAGCAGACACAAAUUAACUGUGUGUACAAGCAGCUGAACUGCAAGGUAGACCUGACAAAGCAACAAGUACAAGAAUGUGUGUGUGUGUGUGUGUGUGUGUUUGUCUCGUUAAUGACUGCAUCCUAAACAGCUGUGACAUCAAAGCCAUGACCUAUUGACCUAUUGUUUGAAUGGAGAAGCUGCUGAACUGCAUUGAAUUUAGGGUUCUGAACUUCUUCACAUAGCGUGAUUUCCUUAAGGCCCAGAAUGAAAAUAAGAACAUCGUACGAAUCCUCCGUCCUUCAUGAACACAAUGAUGUGUUUUUCAUGUCUGUACUUCGAAAAAUGAGGCCACAACAGCGAGUUAAAAAUGUCUGAGCCUGAGCGAUGAUCCGGAUUUUCUUGGAGAAAAAUAACAUUAUGGUCAAUGGGAGAGAUAUCCGCCUUCCUUGGACAGUUGGUCACCUGCUGGCCAAGGGGUACGAUUUAAUGAUUUGAAACCCCUUUUGUGAGAAGCAGGACACAUAUACCUGCAUUUUGAUGUAUUUUUUAUGGCUGUGGAGUGAGAUUUGUGGGCGUGGGAGCGAUAUAUUCGAGCGAGGUUCUGUCGAUCAGAGACGAGGUCUGCACUCUAGCUUUUCAAAUCCUCACUCUAAACUCUCCAAUACACACCCAUUAUAAAGCCUGAAAAUUUGCUGAAAACCACAAGUUGCUUAAAGCUAAAUUGUGGAAAAACUGUAAAAGAUAGCACAAAAAGGUUAUACAAUAUCAAUAGUCGACAAGACAAUGAACAUUUUAAAGCAAAAAUGAGGUCUCUAGGUGAAAGUAUGCUGAAGUUAUAAGGCUUAGAAGGUGGACGAAUAACAGGAAGAAUUGGAAGAUUUCCCCAUUCAUUUCUAUGGGAAAAAAAGUUUGGCACAAAAAGUGAAAAAUAAUAAAAAGUAUAAAGGGUAGAAAAAAGAAAAGUAAUAGCCAUCAUGUCCUGAAGGAGUGGAAUCGUUUAAAGUUUGAACGGUUGAAAUCGGACAAAGUUUGAAGGAGGAGAAGCGGUCCAAAGAAACGUAUGGGGAGAGUGUUAAGUACAAUACUAGAAAAAUUGCAUUUCCUUGCAGAAAAUGCGUGGAAAUGCUGAGUGCUGAAAGCUGUAAAAGCAAUGCUAAACUGCUAAUAAAACAUGGAGAAAGGUAUAAAUGUUAAAGCUGUUGAAGGGGUGAAAAAGAAAUAUAAGUUGGAUAAUUGUUUAAUUGGUUGAAGGACAAAUAGUAUGAAUAUGCUCUAUAAAAGGAAAUUUUAUUCAUGCUGAAAGAGGCUAGAAAAAUGUCUAAAAUUGCACAAAGUUUGAAUGAAGAAGGAAAUUGCCUUUAAAGGCAGGAAGGUGAGAAGUGGCAUAAGUUUAAGUUGUAGUACUAGAAGUAGUAUGAUAAGUAGUCGAGUAGUGAUAUUAGUAGUCAUGUCAGCAGUAGAAGUAGUUUGAGAAAAAAGUAUAAGUCAAAGUAGUAGAGAAAGUAGAAAUAGUAGCAAUAGCAGCAGUAGAGAAAGUAGAAAUCGGAGCAAAAGCAGUUGAAGCAGAGGGGAAAGUUCUAGUUUAAUUGACAUUAGCAGUAGUUGUAGCUCUAGAGGUGGGAUUUUUUUUGAAGGAUGGAAUAAUGCAUAAAUAUUAAAACUAAUUUAAAUCAGGGUAAAUUUAAAUUAUUAAAAAGCCUCAAGUAUCAGUAAGAUUUUAAGUAUCAGAAAGGUAUGAAUGAGUUUGAAUGAGUUUAAAUUAGUUUACAAAUUAAAUAAUAAAUCAACACUGAGUGACUUUAAAAUUUGAAAAAUGUAAAUGAAGAAAAAUCCUGAAUACACCCCAUAAUGUCCCCAAUGAGCUUAAAUUUUAAAGCCCUGAAUGGUUUCUGUAGGUCAAAGGUCAUGUGAGGAGAUGGGGGCUGAAGUUUUUUCAAGCGCUCUAGGAAAGGGUUUUAAGUGUCAUCCCCAGUGCUAUGUGUACUGAGCCUGGCUUCAUGUGUCUCAUAUGGCCAUUAGAAGCAGCUUUCCAGUCAGCUGUGUGUCUCCAGGUGCACAAAUUGGUUGCCAUGGGGACCCUGGAUGCAGAACUAAAGCAGGAGAAAGAAGGCUUGAAGCUAAGGAAACAGGACUCCAAGUAGGCCCUGACGCUCAUCCUCUGUAUAUAUUUAUAAGGAGCUUGUGAGAACACAAGACUCUGCUGAACACAUUAAUACAAUUUAUUAUCACAAUCCUCAAAACACCCCAUAAUAUCUUCAAUGAGCUGAAUUUUUGAAGCCCAGAAUGGUUUCUGUAGCUCAAAGUUUGUGGGUGGAGAUAGGUGGUGAAGCAGACACAUAUUAUCUGUGUGUACAAGCAGGUGAACUGCAAGGUAGACCUGACAAUGCAACAAGUACAAGAAUGUGUGUGUGUGUGUGUGUGUGUGUGUCUCAUUAAUGACUGCAUCCCUAACAGCUGUGAGAUCAAAGGCAAAUCACUGACCUACUGUUUGAAUGAGAAGCAGCUGAACAGCAGAGGUUUUGAAGCCUGUGAACUUCUUCACAUAGCGUGAUUUCCUUAAGUCCCAGAAUGAAAAUAAGAACAUCGUACGAAUCCUCCGUCCUUCAUGAACACAAUGAUGUGUUUUUCAUGUCUGUACUUCGAAAAAUGAGGCCACAACAGCGAGUUAAAAAAGUCUGAGCCUGAGCGAUGAUCCGGAUUUUCCUGGAGAAAAAUAACAUUAUGGUCAAUGGGAGAGAUUUCCGCCUUCCUUGGACAGUUGGUCACCUGCUGGCCAAGGGGUACGAUUUAAUGAUUUGAAACCUCUUUUGUGAGAAGCAGGACACAUAUACCUCCAUUUUGAUGUAUUAUUUGUGUCAGUGGAGUGAGAUUUGUGGGCGUGGGAGCGAUAUAUUCGAGCGACGUUCUGUCGAUCAGAGACGAGGUCUGCACUCUAGCUGAUGACAUCAUCACUCUAAACUCUCCAAUACACACCCAUUAUAAAGCUUGAAAUUUGCUGAAAACCACAAGUUGCUUAAAGCUAAAUUGUGGAAAAACUGUAAGAGAUAUAAAAAAACUGAGUACAACUUUAAUAGUCGACAAGUGAAUGAACAUUUUAAAGCAAAAAUGAGGUCUCUAGGUGAAAGUAUGCUGAAGUUAUAAGGUCUAGAAGGUGGAAGAAUAAAAGGAAGAAUUGGAAGAUUUCCCCAUUGACUUCAAUGUUAAAAUUUUUGCACAAAAAGUUAAAAAAAACAAAAAGUAUAAAUGUUAGAAAAGUGAAAAGUAAUAGCAAACGUGUCCUGAAGGAGUGGAAUAGUUUAAAGUUUGAACGGUUGAAAUCGCACAAACUGGGAAGGAGUUGAAAGCGGACGAAAAACGGCGGAAGAAUAAUAAUAAUAAUAAUAAUAAAGAAACGGGAGAAUAACAAUAAGUGGAAAUGCCUAUCAGCAUUUCCACUUAACUAGAAAAAUUGCAUUUCCUUGCAGAAAAUGCGUGGAAAUGCUGAGUGCUGAAAGCUGAAAAAACAAUGCUAAACUGCUAAUAAAACAUCGAGAAAGGUAUAAAUGUUAAAGCUGUUGAAGGGGUGAGAAAGACAUGUAAGUUGGAUAAUUGAUUAAUUGGUUGAAGGACAAAUAGUAUGAAUAUGCCCUAUAAAAGGAAAUUCUAUUCAUGCUGAAAGAGGCUAGAAAAAUGUCUGAAAUUGCACAAAGUUUGAAUGAAGAAGGAAAUUGCCUUAAAAGGCAGGAAGAUGGGAAGUGGCAUAAGUUUAAUUUUUUAAGUAUUAGAAAGGUUUGAAUCAGUUUCAAUCAGUUCAAAUUAGUUUGAAAAAUUAAAUGAUAAAUCAUCACUGAGUGACUUUAAAAUGUGAAAAAUCUAAAUGUAUAUAAAUCCUAAAUACACACCAUAAUGUCCUCAAUGAGCUCAAAUUUUAAAGCCCUGAAUGGUUUCUGUAGGUCAAAGGUCAUGUGAGGAGAUAGGGGCUGAAGUUUUUUCAAGCGCUCUAGUAAAGGGUUUUAAGUGUCAUCCCCAGUGCUAUGUGUGCUGAGCCUGGCUUCAUGUGUCUCAUAUGGCCAUUAGAAGCAGCUUUCCAGUCAGCUGUGUGUCUCCAGGUGCACUAAUUGGUUGCCAUGGGGACCUUGGAUGCAUAACUAUAGCAGGAGAAAGAAGGCUUGAAGCUAAGGAAACAGGACUCCAAGUAGGCCCUGACGCUCAUCCUCUGUAUCUAUUCCUGAUAAGGAGCUUGUGAGAACACAAGACUCUGCUAAACACAUUAAUACAAUUUAUUAUCACAAUCCUCAAAACACCCCAUAAUAUCUUCAAUGAGCUGAAUUUUAGAAGCCCAGAAUGGUUUCUGUAGCUCAAAGUUUGUGGGUGGAGAUAGGUGGCGAAGCAGACACAUAUUAACUGUGUGUACAAGCAGCUGAACUGCAAGGUAGACCUCAUAAAGCAACAAGUACAAGAAUGUGUGUGUGUGUGUGUGUGUGUGUCUCUCGUUAAUGACUGCAUCCUAAACAGCUGUGAGAUCAAAGGCAAAUCACUGACCUACUGUUUGAAUGAGAAGCAGCUGAACUGCAGAGGAUUUAGAGGCUCUAAACUUCUUCACAUAGCGUGAUUUCCUUAAGUCACAGAAUGAAAAUAAGAACAUCGUACGAAUCCUCCGUCCUUCAUGAACACAAUGAUGUGUUUUUCAUUUCUGUACUUCGAAAAAUGAGGCCACAACAGCGAGUUAAAAAAGUCUGAGCCUGAGCGAUGAUCCGGAUUUUCUUGGAGAAAAAUAACAUUAUGGUCAAUGGGAGAGAUUUCCGCCUUUUUUGGACAGUUGGUCACCUGCUGGCCAAGGGGUACGAUUUAAUGAUUUGAAACCUCUUUUGUGAGAAGGAGGACACAUAUACCUCCAUUUUGAUGUAUUAUUUGUGUCAGUGGAAUGAGAUUUGUGGGCGUGGGAGCGAUAUAUACGAGCGAGGUUCUGUCGAUCAGAGACGAGGUCUGCACUCUAGCUGAUGACAUCAUCACUCUAAACUCUCCAAUACACACCCAUUAUAAAGCUUGAAAUUUGCUGAAAACCACAAGUUGCUUAAAGCUAAAUUGUGGAAAAACUGUAAGAGAUAUCAAAAAACUGAUUACAACUAUAAUAGUCGACAAGUGAAUGAACAUUUUAAAGCAAAAAUGAGGUCUCUAGGUGAAAGUACGCUGAAGUUAUAAGGUCUAGAAGGUGGAAGAAUAAAAGGAAGAAUUGGAAGAUUUCCCCAUUGACUUCAAUGUUAAAAUUUUUGCACAAAAAGUUAAAAAAAACAAAAAGUAUAAAUGUUAGAAAAGUGAAAAGUAAUAGCAAACGUGUCCUGAAGGAGUGGAAUAGUUUAAAGUUUGAACGGUUGAAAUCGGACAAACUGGGAAGGAGUUGAAAGCGGACGAAAAACGGCGGAAGAAUAAUAAUAAUAAAGAAACGGGAGAAUAACAAUAAGUGGAAAUGCUUAAUCAGCAUUUCCACUUAACUAGAAAAUUGCAUUUCCUUGCAGAAAAUGCGUGGAAAUGCUGAAUGCUGAAAGCUGAAAAAGCAAUGCAAAACUGCCAUUAAGAAAUGGAGGGAGGUAUGAACGGAAAAACUGUUGAAAAGGUGGAGUAGAAGAAGAAAUUGUAUGAAUGGAAGCAUUGUAGUAUAGCUGAAGGUUAAUUAGUUGGAUUAAUGUACAAAUUGUCUGAUAGCCUAAGUGAAAAACGUAUAUGAUUGAUGUGAAUAAACAGAACUGAUAAUAAGGAUAAUUGAAUUUGAAAAACAAAUGUCUUAAAAUAAUGUGUAACAAUGUUCCUAUUAAAUGUACAAAUAGUAAAACAGAUUUUUGCAGUCUGCAGCAUCAAACCAUAGUAACUUGAGAAUGCAGAACAGCGCCAUCUAUUGCCUUGCUUCAGUUACUGCCCUACAUCUGAAUGUAGAAAGUAUGAAACAGCUGAAGUUAAAUUAUCUGUAUAAAUGUAGAAAGUACUGAGAAGAAAAGCAGAAGUAGAAGAAAAAGAAGAAGUUAGUAUGUUAAAAGAUGUAAAGACAAAGGCUGUAACAACAAAGUUAAUAUUGGGGGUGUAUUUUCUACUGACAGAGAGACAGUAAUGCACACAUGGAAACAGUGUGUGUGUGUGUGUGUGUGUGUGUGUGUGUGUGUGUGUGUGUGUGUGUGUGCCCGCGCGGGGUCGGCCGCGCGCGUGCGUGUGUGAUCGAAGCACACAGCCCAUGACAAGUGCAGAAUCUCUGGCUCCUAAGGAAUUUACUCACCUUCUGGGCAAACUGUACAAUUUCAUGACUUCAGACCUAUUUUGUGAGAAGCAGGACGAGUGUACCUCCAUUUUGAUGUGUUUUUUAUGGCUGUGGAGUGAGAAUUGCGGCCGCGGCAGCAAAAUAAACACGCUUGGUCUAGUGAAUCCAAAAGGCUCCGCACGCAUCUAGUGAUGACGUCACACGCUGUAGCGUGAGUCAGGCUGAAAAAGGCAGAAAACUUCAUGUUGCUCCAAGCGAAAUUGUGCAAAAACGGUAGGAAAUAGCAAAAGGGAGUGAAUACAACAUUUGUAGCAGACACGUUGCUGAACAUUUUAAAGCAAAAAUGAGGUCUGUAGGUGAAAGUAUGCAGAAGUUAUAAGGGUGAGAAGGUGUUAUAGCUGUAUCUCCAUUCAUUUCUAAUGGAACAAAUUUUGCAGAAAAAGUGAAAUAUUGCAAAAAGUAUAAAUGGUAGAAAGGUGAAAAGUACUAGCAAUAAUGUCCUGAAGGAGUGCAUUAGUAUAAAGUUUGAAUGGUUGAAAUAGCACAAAGUGGUAAGGAGUUGAAAAGGGCCAAAAAAGGUACGGAAGAAUAAUAAUAAAAAUAAUAAUAAUAACUAGAAAAAUUGCAUUUCCUUGCAGAAAAUGCGUGGAAAUGCUGAGUGCUGAAAGCUGAAAAAGCAAUGCAAAACUGCCAAUAAAAAAUGGAGGAAGGUAUAAACGGAAAAACUGUAGAAAAGGUGGAGUAGAAGAAGAAGAAAUUGUAUCAAUGGAAGAAUUGUAGUAUAGCUGGAGGUAAAUUAGUUGGAUUAAUGUACAAAUUGUCUGAUAGCCUAAGUGAAAAAUGUAUAUGAUUGAUGUGAAUAAACAGAACUGAUAUGGAUAAUUGAAUUUGAAAAACAAAUGCCUUUAAACAAUGUGUAACAAUGUUCCUAUUAAAUGUACAAAUAGUAAAACAGAUUUUUGCAGUCUGCAGCAUCCAACCAUAGUAACUUGAGAAUGCAGAACAGCACCAUCUAUUGCCCUGCUUCAGUUACUGCCCUACAUCUGAAUGUAGAAAGUAUGAAACAGCUGAAGUUAAAUUAAUUGUAUAAAUGUAGAAAGUAUAGAAAAGAAAAGCAGAAGUAGAAGAAAAAGAAGAAGUUAGUAUGUUAAAAGAGUUAAAGACAAGAACUGUAACAACAAAGUUCAUAUUGGGGCUGUAUUUUCUACUGACAGAGAGACAGUAAUGCACACAUGGAAACAGUGUGUGUGUGUGUGUGUGUGUGUGUGUGUGUGUGUGUGUGUGUGUGUCCGCGCGCGCGCGCGGCCGAGCCCGUGCGUGUGCAUAUGCGUGUGUGAUCGAAGCACACAGCCCAUGACAAGUGCAGAAUCUGACAGAGACAGUAAGAGAGAAAGAGACACAGUAAUGCACUCAUGGAAACAGUGUGUGUGUAUGUGUGUGUGCCCGCGCGCGCACGAGCGGCCAAGUCCGUGCGUGUGCGAUCGAAGCACACAGCCCAUGACAAGUGCAGAAUCUGACAGAGAGAUAGUAAGAGAGACAGUAUUGCACUCAUGGAAACAGUGUGUGUGUGUGUGUGUGUGUGUGUGUGUGUGUGUGUGUGUGUGUGUGUGUGUGUGUGUGUGCCCGCGCGCGCACGAGCGGCCGAGUCCGUGCGUGUGCAUGUGCGUGUGCGAUCGAAGCACACAGCCCAUGACAAGUGCAGAAUCUCUGGCUCUGAAGGAAUGUACUCACCUCCUGGGCAAGCUGUACAAUUUCAUGACUUCAGACCGAUUUUGUGAGAAGCAGGACGAGUGUACCUCCAUUUUGAUGUGUUUUUUAUGGCUGUGGAGUGAAAAUUGCGGCCGCAGCAGCAAAAUAAUCAUGCUUGGUCUAGUGAAUCCAAAAGGCCCCGCCCGCAUCUAGUGAUGACGUCAGACGCUGUAGCGUGAGUCAGGCUGAAAAAGGCAGAAGACUUCAUGUUGCUCCAAGCGAAAUUGUGCAAAAACGGUAGGAAAUAGCAAAAAGGAGUGAAUACAACAUUUGUAGCAGACACGUUGCUGAACAUUUUAAAGCAAAAAUGAGGUCUGUAGGUGAAAGUAUGCAGAAGUUAUAAGGGUGAGAAGGUGUUAUAGCUGUAUCUCCAUUCAUUUGUAAUGGAACAAAUUUUGCAGAAAAAGUGAAAUAUUGCAAAAAGUAUAAAUGGUAGAAAGGUGAAAAGUACUAGCAAUAAUGUCCUGAAGGAGUGCAUUAGUAUAAAGUUUGAAUGGUUAAAAUAGCACAAAGUGGUAAGGAGUUGAAAAGGGCCAAAAAAGGUACGGAAGAAUAAUAAUAAGAAAAAAAAUAAUAAUAAUAAUAAAGAAAUAGUAGAAUAACAAUAAGUGGAAAUGCUGUGUCAGCAUUUCCACUUAACUAGAAAAAUUGCAUUUCCUUGCAGAAAAUGCGUGGAAAUGCUGAGUGCUGAAAGCUAACAAAGCAAUGCUAAACUGCUAAUAAAACAUGGAGAAAGGUAUAAAUGUUAAAGCUGUUGAAGGGGUGAACAGAAAUAUAAGUUGGAUAAUUGAUUAAUUGGUUGAAGGACAAAUAGUAUGAAUAUGCUCUAUAAAAGGAAAUUUUAUUCAUGCUGAAAGAGGCUAGAAAAAUGUCUCAAAUUGCACAAAGUUUGAAUGAAGAAGGAAAUUGCCUUAAAAGGCAGGAAGGUGAGAAGUGGCAUAAGUUUAAAUUGUAGUACUAGAAGUAGUAUGAUAAGAAGUCAAGUCGUGAUACUAGUAGUCAUGUCAGCAGUAGAAGUAGAUUGAGAAUAAAAGAAGUAUAAGUCAAAGUAGUAAAGAAAGUAGAAAUAGGAGCAAUAGCAGUUGAAGUAGAGGGGAAAGUUCUAGUUUAAUUGACAUUAGCAGUAGUUGUCGUACUUGAGGUAGGAUUUUGUUUGAAUGAUGGAGUAAUGCAUAAAUAUUGAAACUAAUUUAAAACAGGGAAAUUUUAAAUUAUCAAAAGUCCUCAAGUAUCAGAAAGUUUUGAAGUAUUAGAAAGGUUUGAAUCAGUUUGAAUGAGUUUAAAUUAGUUUGAAAAAUUAAAUGAUAAAUCAUCACUGACUGACUUUUAAAAUGUGAAAAAUUUAAAUGAAUAACAAUCCUAAAUACACCCAAUAAUGUCCUCAAUGAGCUUAAAUUUCAAAGCCCUGAAUGGUUUCUGUAGGUCAAAGGUCAUAUGAGGAGAUAGGGGCUGAAGUUUUUUCCAACGCUCUAGGAAAGGGUUUUAAGUGUCAUCCCAAUUGCUAUGUGUACUGAGCCUGGCUUCAUGUGUCUCAUAUGGCCACUAGAAGCAGCUUUCCAGUCAGCUGUGUGUCUCCAGGUGCACAAAUUGGUUGCCAUGGGGACCUUGGAUGCAUAACUAUAGCAGGAGAAAGAAGGCUUGAAGCUAAGGAAACAGGACUCCAAGUAGGCCCUGACGCUCACCCUCUGUAUAUAUUCAUAAGGAGCUUGUGAGAACACAAGAUUUUGCUGAACACAUUAAUACAAUUUAUUAUCACAAUCCUCAAAACACCCCAUAAUAUCUUCAAUGAGCUGAAUUUUUCAAGCCCAGAAUGGUUUCUGUAGCUCAAAGUUUGUGGGUGGAGAUAGGUGGUGAAGCAGACACAUAUUAACUGUGUGUACAAGCAGCUGAACUCCAAGGUGGACCUCAAAAAGCAACAAGUACAAGAAUGUGUGUGCGUGUGUGUGUGUGUGUCUCGUUAAUGACUGCAUCCUAAACAGCUGUGAGAUCAAAGGCAAAUCACUGACCUACUGUUUGACUGAGAGGUGCUGAACUGCAGUGAAUUUCAGCCUGUGAACUUCUUCACAUAGCGUGAUUUCCUUAAGUCCCAGAAUGAAAAUAAGAACAUCGUACGAAUCCUCCGUCCUUCAUGAACACAAUGAUGUGUUUUUCAUGUCUGUACUUCGAAAAAUGAGGCCACAACAGCGAGUUAAAAAAGUCUGAGCUUGAGCGAUGAUCCGGAUUUUCUUGGAGAAAAAUAACAUUACAGUCAAUGGGAGAGAUUUCCGCCUUUUUUGGACAGUUGGUCACCUCCUGCCCAAGGGGUACGAUUUAAUGAUUUGAAACCUCUUUUGUGAGAAGCAGGACACAUAUACCUCCAUUUUGAUGUAUUAUUUGUGUCAGUGGAGUGAGAUUUGUGGGCGUGGGAGCGAUAUAUUCGAGCGAGGUUCUGUCGAUCAGAGACGAGGUCUGCACUCUAGCUGAUGACAUCAUCACUCUAAACUCUCCAAUACACACCCAUUAUAAAGCUUGAAAUUUGCUGAAAACCACAAGUUGCUUAAAGCUAAAUUGUGGAAAAACUGUACAAGAUAUCAAAAAACUGAGUACAACAAUAAUAGUCGACAAGUGAAUGAACAUUUUAAAGCAAAAAUGAGGUCUCUAGGUGAAAGUAUGCUGAAGUUAUAAGGUCUAGAAGGUGGAAGAAUAAAAGGAAGAAGUGGAAGAUUUCCCCAUUGACUUCAAUGUUAAAAUUUUUGCACAAAAAGUUAAAAAAAAAACAAAAAGUAUAAGGGGUAGAAAAAAGAAAAAUACAUCCGCAUAUGUCCUGAAGGAGUGGAAUAGUUUAAAGUUUGAACGGUUGAAAUCGGACAAAGUUUGAAGGAGGAGAAGCGGUCCAAAAAACGGCGGAAGAAAAAUAAUAAUAAAGAACAGAAUAACAAUAAGUGGAAAUGCUUAAUCAGCAUUUCCACUUAAUAAAAGGAAUAGGAGAAUAACAAUAAGUGGAAAUGCUUCAUCAGCAUUUCCACUUAAUAAUUAAGAAAAAUGGCAGACAGGAAUAACAAUAAGUGGAAAUGCUUAAUCAGCAUUUCCACUUAAUAAUGAUAAUAAUCAUAAUAAAGAAAUAGGAGAAUAACAAUAAGUGGAUAUGCUUAAUCAGCAUUUCCACUUAAUUAUAAUAAUAAUAAAGAAAUAGGAGAAUAACAAUAAGUGGAAAUGCUUAAUCAGCAUUUCCACUCAAUAAACACAUUUAAAAAGGAAAUGAAGCCAAUGAAAUUACCGUGUUGAUUUGGGUUUUAACCAGUUCAGUGAGUGAAACAUAAAACAGUUAUGAGUUCUAAAAACAAAUCUACAUAAAGGGUGAAAUAAAAUGAGAUUUAAGAUGAGAGUCAGAUAAUGAACUAUUUCAGAAUAAUCAAUAAGUGGUAAUAUUAGUUUUAUUAUUAGUCUUUUUCUGACAUUUAAAGAAAAACAAUUAAUCGAUACAGUGAUGGAGGACAGCCAGAUGACUAAUAUAAUCAAUAUGAGGUUAGAAGGUUCAGACAAAGACGACGUCAAACUUUGGAUCAGAACCGAGGUUAAAGUUCUCAUUUCAGAGACUUCUAAGAGGACCAACAAGAGACCAGAACUUCAGGUCAGCCUCAGCAGAAUCUUUUGGCCUUUUUGGUUGUUCUUCUAUCAGAACUUUGUACCUGUUUGGUUGUACCUCUAUCAGAACUUUGGACCUGCUUGGUUGUUCCUCUAUCAAGAAUUUGGACCUGUUUGGUUGUUCUCUAUCAGAACUUUUGACCUGUUUGGUUGUUCCUCUGUCAGAACUUUUGGACCGGUUCUUCUGUUGUCCUUCUUUGAAGACUGAUUCUGGUUUUUGUGUUUCCAGGUUCACUUGAAGUCUCAUGGGUCCCCUUCCUGGUGGAUCAGUCCUCCAGCCCGGAACCAGAACAUCCAGCAGCAGUCUGGACCUCCUCUUCAGGUUCCUCCUCCUCCCUCCCAGUCCCGGCCUCCUCAGGUCCCUAUCAGACCCUGGGGGUCCAGAAUAUCCUGCAGCCUGGUUCUGUUCUCACAGCUGCGGUCCUGCAGCCGGUUCCACAGUCCACCAGUGUCCUUCAACGGGACCAGUGGGGUCCGCCCCCUCAGAACCAGUCCACCUGUCUCCAGGUGCCUCAAACCCAGGCUCUGUACCAGAUGGUCCGCUUGAACCCUCUCAGUACCGCCUUGGUUCUUGAUCGAUAUGCGCCCCCCAACACACCCAGACUCACUUGGUCCAGCACCAGAAGGACCGCUCAGCAGAACCAGCAGAACCACUUCAGCAGGAAACUGGUGGUCCUCCCAGAAACCACAAGAACUCAGGUCUCUACCAGACCAGAACAGUCGGUACCACCAGGUCAUGGUCCACCUCUGCCAGGUGGACCAUCAGAACCAUCACAGACCAACCAUCAGUCUACAGCUAACCCUCCACUGAUGCCCCGCACAGAACCACAAACCCAACAACCUUCACUGGGUCACAAACAAACUAAAGACCAGAACCUGCUGCUAACCUGCCCACAAACACUGGAAAACCCACCAGAACCAACCCAGAAACCAUCAGUGGACCACCAACCAGAACCAUCAGUAGACCACCAACCAAAACCAACUCAGAAACCAGCAGUGGACCACAAACAAGAAGUAGAACCAUCAGAGAACCCCCAACAAGAACAAGAACCGUCUGUGGACCACAAACAAAAACCAUCAGUGGACCGCCAACAAGAACCAGAACCAUCUGUGGACCACCAUCCAGAACUAUCGGUACAGCCAAAGUUCAGGUUUUCCCGCUACAAAGACUUACUGGAUCGUUAUCCGUUCCUGGCCAGUACCUUACUGCUGGUGGACCGGGACCAGAACCGCCAAGCCAACGAAUAUAACCUAUCACCUGACCAGCACUUUAAACCAGGUAUCCAACAAACGCCAAACCCAGAACCAGAACCAAACCACCAACCGUUCCCGACCUACGGACUUACUCCAGAGUACCAGCCACCUGUAGCCCCCAGAGAAGGUCUAGAUGAGGAUCCAUCAGAAUCGCAGCAGACUGAAAACCCUCCCGACAGGAAGGGGCUCCUCAAGUCGUCCAUCCCCAGCCCCUCCACCCUGAAACUGCAGCAGCCCGGCGCUGUGGUCCGGGCUGUGGCGGACUCGGCCUGUGACAGCAGCCGGCAGACCCUGACCCUGAGGCCGCAGGAACCUUCAGAGAACGAACCCACCUCCACGGUGUUGGAGGAACCAGAACCAACCCCUGAAGUAUUAGAGAAGGACACUGAAGAACUGGGCUCUGUGGUUGAAUGUUUGGACCUUAAACUGACCCAGAGGCGGCCUGUGGUUCCUUUGUUCAGGCUGCCUUUGCAGCUGGCCCACCCUGGGAGAACCGGUCCUGGGUACCGGCUGGUUCCUGGAGAAGCUGAGGAUGAGCUCUACGUGGAGGAACUGAGCGAGGACUCUGAGGUAGGAGGUCCUGGUAAACCUUCACAUGAUCUUUGGUCCACCUGGACCUUCUCACAAGGCUCUGUUGUUCCCUGUUGUCAUGGAAACCCUCCUGACCUUCUGUCCGUUCAGAGCUGAGUUGUCCUCCUGGGGCCGAUGCCGAUACUGAUUAUUGGGGGGGGGGGGGGGAUUCUAUAACCGAUUAAUCAGCCGAUUUUUUAAACUUUUUUUAUGAAGAUAUAAAAAAUAUAUAUAUAUGUACUGAUGAUAUCUACUGUAGAUAUACUGUAGGCUACUGCUCUUCACGCUGACAGGAAGACCAACUGAUCAAACUCAGACCAGAAAAGCGCUUUCAACUACCCCACCUCGGCGUCUUAACUCAUGUUCCUCAUUUCCAGUCCGGUCUCAUCUGGAAACAUGCAGCUGCCUCAGUAAGAGAAGUAGCUUGAUCACGUAAUGUAUACUGUUGUUUAUUUUACCGUUACUGGCAUGGCUAACAGUGUAGCAAGGCUAAUAGCAGUUGGCUAACUCUAACUUUAGCUUGCAUAUUGUAUGGUGCUUCACCGUUAACCCUGCGUGACCGAGACCAGCACAGCGGGGAACAUCGUAAAGUGGGUUGAACUGAAACUUGUUGACUUACUGUGUAUUUCACAAACUGGUUUAUUUACCACUGAGGCGGACCACUCUCCCCUGUGCGUCCCUGAGCUGUCUGCUUCAGAUCCCUCACUGUGCUGUGCUGUGAGUGGAUGAAGAUUGUGAGGUCCCUGCAGGAUAAGUCGGGGAACUUUUCAAAGUGAAACCGAAUCUUAAGGUCCUUUUACACUGGAAGCAUUUUUGUCGUGCGAUUAUUUCGGACGUCAAUAUUUUUUUCGAAUCAGUAUCCUGUCAAUACAAGCGUUCACAUCAGCGACGUUUUCCCAUCCUGCGAUAUUGCAGCAUUUUUUUUUUUCGGAUCACGGUUGAUUUUCUGAAGUUUCACAGACUGUGUGUCCACUUCUGACCAAUCAGAUUGCGUGUUGUUGCAACGUCAGAUUCACUGGUAUAUCCAACAUGGCCAACCGGCUGAUUGUUUACAUGUCGGAGAACAGAGUGCUUUUUGAUACAAAACACAAAUAUUACAAAGAUAACGACCUAAAGGACAACUUGUGGAGAGUCAUAGCAUCGGAUUUCUCAUAUAAUGAUGUUUUGUCUGCUUUAAUAGUUUGCUAAACAUCUUUGUUUUAACUUUCAUCUGUGCUAAUGUAAGCUAACGGUUGUUACCAUAGUUUCAUGUGCUCAUCUCCAUUUUUAGCUUCUCGCUUCCACCCAGGAUGCUGAAGGAUGGUAAGGGAAGGUCCCGCCCUCCUUCGCCUCUGAUUGGCUAUAAUGCUGGCUUGAGCGUGUAAUGACGUUUCUAGCUUUUCUAGCCAAUCAGAGGCAAAGGAGGCUUCACUUUCCCUGGGAAAAGUCUUCCCCGAGAUGCGUCUUUUUCCCCCCGGAAAGUCACAAAAUCGCAUCAGACUUGAUGUGUAUAGUCAUUUGCGUCAAAAUUCGCCUCCAAAUAUUUCGUUAUUUCACGUUCUAUAUUUGCCUUUAUUCUCCACAUUUUAUUUCUGAAAAUAUUGGCGAAAAUCAGUUUUGGCCGAUUACCGAUUAGUCUCAAACGGGCUACAAUUGGCCGAUUAAAUCUGCUCGCCAAUAAAUUGGUUGGGCCGAGUGUUUACAUCUCAAUAAAUUUCUUUUACUUUUUCCAGCUUUUUGUGUACUAUUACAAACAUCCACAGAUAAUGUUAAUAAUCAGAGUAAUCAUCUUAAAUAAACAAUGUCCACUCCAAAGUUCAGAUUUAUAGGCACAGAUUCUAGUCAGAGGCAGGAUGACAGUAUUUUGAUAUGGAUAGGAAGUACUUACACCAUGAACAUAAAGUAUUGCAUUUAUAACGGUUCCACAAGUUCAAUAAAGGAGGCCCUCUGAAGCCUUUUGAUCUGCUCCUAUUGGAAAAUAUCCCAGACUUUUAUAGUCCAGAUAUUGUAGGAGGAGGUUCUGAUGGUUAUAGACUCAAUAAGAUGUUUAAGAUGUUUUAUUUUACUGACCUCCUGUCCAAACCUUCAGGUAUUACAUUAAUAUUCUUUUUAAAAACCUCCUUCAGGGUGUUCAAAACCUCCGUCCAAAACUCACAUAAUUUAGGGCGGAGCCAAAAUAUGUGGGUGUGGUUAUCUAUUUGGGCUCUGCAGAUUAUCCGACAUGAACUGGGAUAAUGUGGACUAGUGCUGGACGAUAAUUCGAUAACAAUAUAUAUCGAUCGAUAGACGUGUGGAGCGAUAGAAAAAAAACGGGUCGAUAAAAAGUUCGAUAGAAAAACACAGUUUCCCUUUCUUUUUCAUCAUAGCCUAUCAUGUAGCUUUUACUACAGUCAUUACUUCCUCCCAACCAAUCACAAACGCAGACCCAGGUACGCUACGGCACCAAGCCCAGCCCCUAUCAAACCACAACAGACAGCACGUGUAUUAGAAAUAAUGUAACAGCAAGGAGAAGCGGAGGAAAUUGUCCCGAAAAAAGGUUUCAGUAGUUCACCAGCAUGGCAAUGUUUUGGUUUUUAGAAGUCUGACAAAAAGCAAACAGCGGUCGUUUGCAAAAUUUGCAGAGAAUUAGUAAAAACCAAGUCCGGUAACACAACCAACUUGUUUUACCAUCUAAACCGGUCGCACCCGCAGGAGUACGAGCUGUGUCGGCCGCGCCGCGGCUCCACGUUGUCGUCGGAGGAAUCCUCUGGAACCGCUGUUAGCACCAGCACAAAGCAAGUGAAGCAGACCAAACUGGACUUCGUUUCUUGCCAAAAUACGACAAAGCGUCCAAGCGGCAUAAGGACAUCACCCAUGCAGUAACAUGCUCCAUAGCGAGGGACAUACUGCCAAUAACUACCGUUGAAAAGCCUGGCUUCGACCAGCUUCUAGCCACUCUCGACCCGCGAUAUGAAGUGCCCGGCCGCAAGUAUUUCUCAAACACAGCGCUUCAGGCAUGAAAAUGGGUCAGGGGUUGAAAAGGUGAGAAGGGUGCGGAGGAAAUACGCUCCGGUGUAGCUUCUUAAAGUGGAAGAAAAUGAGCUCAUAUUUUACAAAGACGCGAGUAUUUGGAUCAUGGCUACUAGCAGGGGGGCAUUCGGCAGGGGUGCAUUCUACGACACAACACCGGCGUGGAUAAGUCCUGCUUCUCGUGCUUAGUUUGUUUAAUAAGUCAAUCACAUGAUAAUUAAAAAAAAUAAAUCUCCCGACCCCAGGAGAAAUAUUUCAGUGUUCAGACACCAGGCUGUGGGCAGUUUCCCACACAGUUAAAACUGGUAGUAUGCUAUUCCCACCUAAAGCUAUUCUGUUUAUUUAUAUAUUUGUUUGUUUUGUUUAUUUUCAUCAAAAGACUAUUUAAAUAUUUAUUUAUCAGAUUUUCUGGUCACUUUAGUCUUUAUGUUUGUCAGUAUUUACUGACGUCACUCAGGCCACUUAAGUUGAUUUAUUUUUUUUUUAAGUUCUUUUUAAAAAAAACUUUCAGUUGUGGUAAAAAAAAAAUGGUGGUUGAAUAAAGGUUUGAAUUUGAAUUCAGUGCUUGUGUGUUCUUUAUUAAAAGUAGGUCAUUAAGCAAUAGCAUAAAACAUCCAGGGCUGCAAUUAAAAUAUAUGUUAAAUAAUUAUAAUAAUUAUAUCGAUAAUUAUCGAUAUCGAUCAAUAUGAUUUAUUUUUUAUCGAUAUGCUUUUUUUCUAUAUCGUCCAGGCCUAAUGUGGACCCAUCUUGGACACUAUCUCUGGUGUUCUGAAAUAUCGAGUUAUUGUUUUCCAGUUGAAUUCCCUCCAUGUAUUAGAGUUUGUAACCUGAUGUUCUUCAGUACAUACACUGUCUCCUCGUGUCUUCUGAUGUUCCUGUUCUUCGUUCCUCUCCCAGGAUGCUGACCCCCCAGCUGACAUCAUGGGGCCCCUGUCCUCUCCAGAGUCCCCCCUGACCCUGCAGAUGGUCUGCUGCUCGGCCUGCGGAUCAGCUAACGGGUCCAUCAUCUGCUCAGCGUGUGGUCGAGGGUUCCACACAGACUGUCACGUUCCUACUGUGGACCAGAACAUCUGGUGAGGAGACCACCUUCACUUGACCCAGUAGAGCCUGUUGGGAGGUCUUAGUGGGUCCCUGUUCAGGUUCAGACCUCUGUGAGGUCUCUGCAGCUGGUACAGUUAAUCCCUCAUUUUUGUUUUACAGGAUGGAUUGGACCUGCUCCCUGUGUCAGGACCUGAAGGACCCCUUAGACCCCUACAGCUUCAACAGACCACCAAGACCUCCAGGACCCUGUCUGGGUGUGCAGGAGCAGAGGGUCAGGGUCUCACAUGAAUUCCCAAAGUUUUGAUGUGGUUUUGUUUAAACCAGGAGCAGGAACUGCCCUGGACCCAGGGCCAGUGCCAAAAACUAGCCUAUUCUGUCGUAAAAUUAAGUUUGGGUCAAACACACUAUAACACCGAGUUAGACACCCCCUCCAGAAAUGAAUGUUGCCGACCGCUUGCUUCUCUAGUUAUACCAACUUUAGUAACAACCGCAGGAUAGCAAUACACAGCAGUUUCAGGAGCCAUAAACAAAUCUUAACCAAAACGCCACUCUAUAGCCACAAAUAAUGCUCAGAACAGCACCUAACUUCAUCGACAGUACAUAUAGGGUCCCAGCCAUAGUACUAGCCACCAAACAUCUUUUUAACUUUGACUGAUUUCUUAAGCAAAGAGACUAAACACAACUCACCUACUCUCUUCCAGCAGCCGCUUGUUUGUAGCGAGACCUCAGGCCAGUCCAAUACGGACUACAGCAGGGUGAUGCAGCUCAAGGAAGAACAUUUAUAAUAAUAAUAAUAAUAAUACAUUUUAUUUGAAGCGCCUUUCACGUCACUCAAGGACACUUUACAGAACAUAUAAAACAAUAAUAACAAAACACUAUUAACAAUUAAAAUCAUCAAUCAUCAAAACAGUUAAAAUCAACAAAGCAACAUAAACAACAGCAAAGGAAUAAAUAAAGAAAUAAAUAAUACUAAUUAAAAUUAAAUUAAAAGAGUGAGUUAGGGGUGGUGUGAUGGAUAGGCCAGUUUAAACAGGUGUGUCUUGAGUUUGGACUUGAAGAGGGGGAGGGAGUCUAUGUUGUGGAUGUGUGAUGGUAAAGAGUUCCAGAGUCGGGGGACAAGUGAACCGGAGUCAGCUGCAGUGAGAAGGUCGUUGGUGAUUUUUAGCAGUGCGGUUUCGCUGCUGUGGCGGGGGCGGAAACCAGAUUGGAAGGGGUCGUAGAGGGAGUUCUGGGUUAGGUGGGUGUUUAGUUGGCUGGCGACAACCUUUUCCAGUAUUUUGGCUGUGAACGGUAGAUUCGAGAUGGGGUGGAGGUUGUUGAAGUUAUUGGGGUCAGAGCCAGGUUUUUUUCAGGAUAGGGGUGAUGGCUGCUGUCUUGAGGGAUGCGGGAACAGUUCCAGUGGUGAGUGAGGAGUGAAUGAUGGUAGAUAUGAGAGGAAGCACAGACGGGAGGCAUGAUUUGACCAGUGUGGUGGGAAGGGGAUCCAGCUGACAGGUUGAGGGUUUGGAUUUCCGGAUGAGAUCGGAUGAGUUGACGGGGAGAAGAAAACUGGAGAAGUACUGACAGUGUGGCAGGGGAGUUGGUGGGGGUGGGGGGUGGAGUCCGGUGGCUGGAGAGAUUUUUUAAGGAGAGUGAAUAGUGAUUGUUGGAUGAUGAUCCAUUGUUUAUGAUCAUUUCCUUAUAAUUUCCUUGAAGUAAUAAUCAUCAUGUUCAUCAUUUUGCAGACGCGGUAGAUUCUCUGCCUUAGAAUCUCGGUCUGAUUGUAUUUCCAUGAAGAAAUGGUCAUAAAUGUUCUUCCUUGAGCUGCGUCACCCCGCUGUAGUCUGUAACCCCCAAAUUUUCGCAUCGUGAACGUCUACUAAAAGGUCGUAUCCUCCGAUCGUAGCUGAUCGUAACCAUUCAAGUUAACAUGUCAAUUUCCACCGGCUUCUUUCCGUUCCUCUGCGGAUCGCCGGACUCCACAGCUGAUCACUAGAGUUCUAUUUUUUCCGGACACAGGAGCAUGCAGGAUAAAUUUAGCACAGAUUAACCUGUGCUGGAAAGGAAGUCAGGCACAGACACAAAAUAAAACAUCCUGCUUCUUUUAAAAAAAAAUACUCUGUGUUUCAGGAGGAUCAUAUUUCACACCAUCCAAAUGGGUGGCGACGAACAAGUGAAAGGUUUUUAGACGUCAUUUCAACCCGAUGACACCAUGGAUGAGGAGAUGCUGAUUCUAGAAGUCUACAAGGUUAUUUCUUCCUCUGGAAGGACACAAUCUACUGCUUAUAUGUCUAUGUGUCUGUCUUUAUAGAGACUUGUUAUAUACAAACUCGUUAUUGCGCGAUUGAACAUGAAUCCGAGGGUUGUUGUGAGUUCUUGGGAUUCCUGCUGUCUGGAAUCUGCCACAAAAUUCGUCUCACAAAUGGAUCCGGUAGGAAUUGACGUACCACGAAAAUCACCGCCGUUACGGAUGCGGUGGAAAUCCCAGGUAAUGGACUGACCACAAGUGUCUGCUGGAAGAGGGUAGGUGAGUUGUGUUUAGUCUCUUUGCUAAAGAAAUUAGUCAAAUUUAAAUGAUGUUUGGUGGCUAGUACUAUGGCUGGGACCCUAUAUGUACUGUUGAUGAAGUUAGGUGCUGUUCUGAGCAUUAUUUGUGGCUAUAGAGUGGCGUUUUGGUUGAGGUUUGUUUAUGGCUCCUCAGACUGCUGUGUAUUGCUAUCCUGCGGUCUUUACUAAAAGUUGGUAUAACUAGAGAAGCAAGCGGUCGGCAACAUUCAUCUCUAGAAGGGGUGUCUAACUCGGUGUUACGGUGUGUUUGACCCUAACUUAAUUUUAAGACAGAAUAUGCCUUUAAGGCUACCCCAUUAUUCAAAGUCUGGUGUGUGUUUUUGUGUGUUGUUGUGUCACAGAAGUGUGAGACUCUGCUGCUCUACCUGAAGGUGGAAGGCUGCGCUCGACUGACCCAGGUGAGUCCGGACCUGUGAGUCCAUCUGCUGCCCUGUACCAGAAAACUGGAGAUCUGACGGGGUCUAAAAGGGGGUCUGUGAAGGUUCUGACUCAGCCCGGUCAUGGUUCUCCGGUUCUCCACAUUCAACCGGGAACUGGAAAAGAAUAAAGAGUUAAAAGAUCCGCUGUGUGUGUGUAUGCAUGUGUGUGUGUGUGUGUGUGUGUGUGUGUGUGUGUGUGUGUUUUCAGAUCCCUCUUGUUUGGUCUCAGUUGAGGUUGAUAUCGGACCGUCUGACUCUUCAUCGGUUUCCUUCGUACGUGACAACAGCAGAGUUUCUCUGGGACGUCUGGAGGCUCUUCAGAUACGCAGUUAAGGUACCAACAACCCCAGGGUCAUAUGACAUACCUCAAGGUCACGUGACCCUACGAGACUGGGCCUCCCAGGGCUCCAGCUAUUGGAACACACACACACACACACACACACACACACACACACACACAGUAGUAGUGAGAGGAGAGCUCAGGGCUCCUCUGAGGACUCUGGUCGCGACUCUCUGGUUCUGAUUCCCCACACACGUUUCCACAUCACUGUCUCUGCCUCUUUCAGGAGGACGACGGCGUGAAGAGUCUGCAGGAGGGUUUUCAGAAUAAAGUGACUGAAACCUUCACCUUCGCUCUUCAACCUGGAGCCCAGAGUCGACCGAGGAGCAAGAAGAAAGUGAAACCUGCUGACAGACGCACACACACACUGAUGCCACCUGCUGGACUGGAGGGGCAGAGGUCAGAGGUUACAGCAAAGAGGGAGGAGGAGGAGGGCGAGUGCAAACUGGACAAGAUGAGGAAGAGGCUGAGGGAGUUCAUUGACAUCCAAGUGGCCAAGAGGAGGAAGAUGGAGAAAAAGACUCCUCCCCCUUCUGAGUCACAUGAUCAGGACCUCUGAAUGUGAAUUCUGGGAGCUGAAGUGCAGAAAGCCUAUCAGAUGAGAUUAAUUGACAGCUGAGGAGGCGGGACUAUUCCUGCCGUCACAGUUCGAUGUUUGUGGAUCAAACUUUAUUUUUUUGUAUUAAAACUACAACUGUGAAGUUUUAUCAGAAACUUUAUUGACAGCCGCUCCGACAAACAAACCGUAGCAAAGUUUUAAUGAUGGAUGUUUCGUGUCUGUGUGUUUAUGUAAAUUUAAUAAAUGACUGUCAGCACUGAACUGACGCUGUGUUA